UGUGUGUGUGCAUCUGCGUGUGUGUGUGGCUGUAACCCUCCUCCCUGGAGUCUGUCCUAACCAUUUAUUCAUCUGUGGAUCACAGAGAGGGAGCACAAAUUUAGCACAGCCUCUAGAAAGACACAAUCUGUGGGGCAUUACGAACUGGUAUCUCAAGGUAUUUUAUCUAUCGUUUUAUACAUUUAAAGUUGAUUUUACGCCUGUGCUUUGAGAAUGUCUGCAGGUUGCUUUUCUUUCAUUGGAAAAUGAAUAAUUGAAUGGUGGUUGGGAGGAGGGUAGGGGGGUGAUGAAGUAGCUGUAAGAAAUAGGAUGAUGCUGAUUUGCUGGUAAAACAUGCUGAAUGAAAGCUGCCUGCCUCUGAGAUUGACCAUUUAGGUCCAUUUUGUUCCAUAUAUCUGUCAGAACAAAAAUAUUUGUUAUUAAAAAAAAAUGGUUAUAUGGCAUGUAUGUGGAUAACGGCUCUUUGUUCAUAUGAAAUGGACUGUUUUAUAGUAUAUGUUGCAUGACUGAACACAAGUGUCUUGCUUUUUGUUGCAGAAAAUCGCAUUGCAACUGUUGACAUCACUGAUGAUCUGACUCUUGAAUAGGAUCUGAAUUAAAAGAAAAAAUAGUAAAGUUGUUUUUUUUCCCUUCGCUAUUUGGAAUUGGAUUGUGCUCUGAAACAUAUGUCAAACCCUUCCAGGCACAGAAAAUAGCCUAAAUGAGAAGUGGUGAUUUCUCUAUGAGGAUGAAUUGGACACACUCCUAUUCAAGAUAAUUCACAAUUGCUGGCUGAAUUUAGUGUGUACAGUACAGUGAGACUGUGUGUGUAGUAUGUACAGUGCAGUGAGGCUGUGUCUAGUGCACUGAGGCUACUGGGUGUUGUGUAUUCAGUGCAGUGAGGCUGUUGGGUAUAAUAUGUACAGUGCUGUGAGACUGGGUGUAGUAUGUACAGCACAGUGACCCUGUCUGUAGUCCAGUGAGGCUACUGGGUAUAGUGUGUACAGUGCAGUGAUACUGUGUGGAGCGUGUACAGUGCAGGGAGGUUGCUGUGUGUACAGUGCAGUGAGACUGUACAUAGUGUGUACAGUGCAGGGAAGUUGCUGUGUGUACAGUGCAGUGAGAGUGUGAGUAGUGUGUACAGUGCAGUGAGACUGUACAUAGUGUGUACAGUGCAGGGAGGUUGCUGUGUGUACAGUGAAGUGAGACUGUGUGUAGUGUGUACUGUGCAGUGAGGCUGUACAUGGUGUGUACAGUGCAGAGAGAAUGUGUGUAGUGUGUACUGUGCAGUGAGGUUGCUGUGUGUACUGUGCAGUGAGUCUGCAGCCUGCAGCUUCUGCCUUGUCACCACUCACCAGUGCAACAUGCCAGUCAGAUACUGUAGUGUCAGGCAUUUUCCCUAAUUAAUUUACCCCUCACUGCAAAGUUGAACAUGUUCCCACAUUCUGCAUCUUCAGGGAAAACAAAGCUGACGAUUCAGUGCAUGCUACACCCAUGAACAGUCCCAAACAAUGCCUUGCUGACACCUCUCAAUUAUUUAGGGCUAUUAAAUACAAGCUCACCUACCACCUUUUAUAUUUAAAUUAUUACUAUUAAACACCAGCAGUAUUUUAUAUCUCAUUCUAUUUUUUUUUAUUCUGUAUUUAGGAAUUUCUAUAUCCGUUUGUAAUUGACAGCCAGGGUGAGAGAUGCCCACCACCUUAUUAACCAUGACUAGGAAGGAGUCAGGGGGCCCAGUGAGAGCCUCUGUCCAGUGAACCCCGCGUUAUAUUCCUGGAGCACAGUGUGUGUGGUGGCUGGCAGUGUGCUGUGUAGAAGGAGCACAGUGUGUGGUGGCUGGCAGUGUGCUGUGUAGAAGGAGCACAGUGUGUGGUGGCUGGCAGUGUGCUGUGUUGAAGGAGCACAGUGUGUGGUGGCUGGCAGUGUGCUGUGUAGAAGGAGCACAGUGUGUGGUGGCUGGCAGUGUGCUGUGUAGAAGGAGCACAGUGUGUGGUGGCUGGCAGUGUGCUGUGUAGAAGGAGCACCGUGUGUGGUGGCUGGCAGUGUGCUGUGUAGAAGGAGCACAGUGUGUGGUGGCUGGCAGUGUGCUGUGUUGAAGGAGCACAGUGUGUGGUGGCUGGCAGUGUGCUGUGUAGAAGGAGCACAGUGUGUGGUGGCUGGCAGUGUGCUGUGUAGAAGGAGCACAGUGUGUGGUGGCUGGCAGUGUGCUGUGUAGAAGGAGCACAGUGUGUGGUGGCUGGCAGUGUGCUGUGUAGAAGGAGCACAGUGUGUGGUGGCUGGCAGUGUGCUGUGUAGAAGGAGCACAGUGUGUGGUGGCUGGCAGUGUGCUGUGUAGAAGGAGCACAGUGUGUGGUGGCUGGCAGUGUGCUGUGUAGAAGGAGCACAGUGUGUGUGGUGGCUGGCAGUGUGCUGUGUAGAAGGAGCACAGUGUGUGUGGUGGCUGGCAGUGUGCUGUGUAGAAGGAGCACAGUGUGUGUGUGCCAGUGUGUGCUGUCAGCCAGCAGCCCGGACGCGUUGCAGUAAUUGGCUGUGCCCGCGGGGUAUUUUGUCCCAGCCGGCUCUCGGUCGGGGAGAUGGGAGAAGGCAUGUCUAAGAGGCUGAGGCUGCAGCUCGGUGGGGAAGCGGAGAUGGAGGAGCGCUCUUUUAACAACCCCUAUCCGGACUACCGCCCCCCACAGCCCGCCACGGGGGAGCCGGAGGAAGAAGACACCUACCUGGGAGAGGAAGCCUCAGGGGAGCUGGACCUCCCGUUUGACAGAGAUGGCAAGGUAUGUCCCCCCCUGUCAGUCCCCCUGUGAGAGUGAGACUCCUCUAUGAUCCCCAUUACUGUUAUAUCAUGGUAUGCUGAGAUAUCAUUUACCCUCCAUGCCUUCCUAUUCACAUGUAACGUGUUGCCCCUUGCUGUACAGGCUGCAGGAGACAUCAAUACGCUGGACAUUACAGCAUGAUAAGGCUGGUCCCUGAUGGAUUCCUCCUGAACUAAUGAAUUGAUUUCCUUCUUGCGGUGACUGUAUUAUUAAUACUGCAUGGAGGCACAGGGCUGGUAAUGGACACCAACCACCAUGUGGACACUUGUCCAUGUACCAGGAUAGCAUGUGGCACCCCUGAAUCAAACUACUGGGGACCUGGCUCCCUUAUUGCCCAGCCUUGGCUGACUAGGCAUCAUGGGAAACGUAGUUUAUCACAUAAGGAGAACCAGACUUUAAUAAUUACUAUGCUAUGCCUGUAGCACAAUGCAUUAGGGGUGGGUGCAUAAUGACAGUUUGUGUAGCUUUCUUAAAGGGGUGGGGCUUAUCCUAUGUUUUUAAAAUGAUCAUUUUUACCUUUGUGUGUGUAUAUAUAUGUGUGUGUGUGUGUGUGUGUGUGUGUAUAUAUAUGUGUGUGUGUGUAUAUAUGUAUGUAUGUAUAUAUAUAUAUAUAUAUAUAUAUAUAUAUAUAAAAUUAUAUAUGCUCUCUAUUCAUCAAUUUAUGUCAGACUCACACUGAUGACUGUGAACAUUACAAAAUAAUAUAAACUUAUAUACAAAUAAAUAAAACGUUAUAUAUAAUUUACAAAUAAAAUUAUAUAUAUAUAUAUAUAUAUAUUUUAUAUUAUUUUGUAAUGUUCACAGUCAUCAGUGUGAGUCUGACAUAAAUUGAUGAAUACAGAGCAGUAAAGAAGUUGACCAAAAAAAAAAAAUGCUGACAAUGCAGAAAGGGUGAACUGUUCCUAACACUGCAACAUAAUUUCCUUGGAAAUACUAGGAAAUAUUAUUGUGACAAACGCUCCUUUCCAUGUACUUUUGCCACGGACUCCUGGAGGAGUGUGAUAGCCGGCCUCGUGCCCACCGACUGUGGUCAAGGUCUGGAACACCGUUUGGGAGUUAUCCUGCGUAGCCUUCCCUGGGUGCUCAUGUUUCACCACUUUCCCUUCAUGCAAAUAGAACCGAACGCUCACAUGAACCAAACCCACGAAUAGUUCCAGCAGUACUUAGCCGCGACCACUACGGAACUAAAUUCGGCAUUAGUACUUCGUGGGUUCCCGGUCACCUCAGCAUGACUUAGCCGCGAAUGUUAUGAAACUGUUUUUGGCAUGAGGUGACCGUACGGUUUCUGGAAAACUUGGUUCGCGGUUUUAAACCACUUUGAGUACUUUUUGAAGGGAAGGUGCCUGAGACUAAGGGGAACAAACGCUACCUAAGAGCCAGGCGGAGCACCCCGUAUUGCAGGGAGCUCCCGAAAGUUAACCGGCAAAAGCACCAAAUGCCCUGGAACUAUUUUGGGCAUAGGACCACGUGUGUAGCUGGUCAGAACUUUAAUGCGGUGGCGUUUCCCCUACACUGCAUGGAUCUGUGCGGUAUUUGGAGAACUUGGGCACUCAGAUCAGUGCUAUUUAACAAUGUAUUAUUUGUGGGGUUAUUUUAUGUUUUUAUUAUCUUUUGUGUAUUUUUAGGUUUUAUAUUUUUAUGUUUGCCUCUCUGUUCCUGGGAGAUAAUUAUCUUACUGGGCUUUAACGCAAUUCUCUCCCAGGCCCAGAGAUUCCUGGGAGGGGCUUGUGGUGAAGACAAUGGAGACCCCUUGCUGGGAUCUGUGUAUAAAAAGGCUGUGUUUGGAUGCAUUAAACUAGUUGUACUCCCAGUGGGGACUGGGGCAGAAGCGCUGAGGUUUUCCCUGUUCCAGUUAGGAAGCGGUCUUUGGCGGAGGUACCCAGCCAGGAUACAGAGAGCUCCUCUACAAUUAUUAUUGGCAUUUAUAUAGUACCAACUUAUUCCUCAGUGCUUUACAAUAUUAUAAAGGGGGACAAUUACAAAAUGUUACAGAAACAAAAGGUAGCCGAGGACCCUGCUCAAACAAGCUCACACUCUAGAUAAAUUAAUUUUUCUAGAAAUUGCAAAGAUUUAACACAAAUUUUGCAGAUUUGUGGUAAAAAAUGGGAACUCCGCCAGCCUCUAACACAGCCUUUUGGCUCUUUUGAUUAAACAUUGUCAAGUCACUUGUCCAUCAUUUACUUUUCCCUGUAUGCAUAUAUUCCCAUUGUGAAGAAUCUGAUUCAUGUAUAUGUUACACAUUUUUUACAUUUUCCAGGAAUGGCUCAAAAUGUUAAAAGCUGGAACCCUAACUGUGACGGACCACCUUGCAGAGAGUGUAGCAGGCUGCUCUUACAAGAGCAUGUGAUUAUAACCCAGAGGUGUAUAGUGCUAAAGCAAUCCCCAUUACAGCUGUUACCCAUACAUGAGAUGAGACUCUAUGUUGAGGGUAGGCAGGAACUUGUUUAAUGGUAGCCACAACUGGCCUUUUAUGCAAGUCCCCAUGCAAGGGGCACUCCCUCCUGGACCUGAGAGUAAACCACAGUAGAAACAAAUACACGAUUACAUUGGCUCUCAGAUCCAGGACACUCCCACACAUAAUAGAUGAAUCCCUCCUCUGUACCUGGGUAAUUGAGUCAAACACUGAACUAAACUCAAUUAUCUCCAGACACAAAACACACAUUUUUAUAAAACCCCCAAAAUACCUUUUAAAUCACACAAAACCCCCACAAAUGUUACAUCCCCUGAUAGCUCUGAUCUGGGUGACCAACAUAUCCAAAAAUCACCUAGAUAAAGUCAGGGGUUCAGGUAUUUCCUGGAAGUUAUUUAUUUGUCCGACUGCACGCACGAUCCCAUGCCUAAAACAGUUCCAUAUAAUCAGGGCUUGCGGUUCGGUAGUUUAGAAAACGAACAAACUACCGAACAUAGUCAAUGUUAUUAACCUUGAGCUUGUUCCUCUCAUCCAGACGAACGAUUUCACAAAACUGUGCCCUUCUAAAGUGUAUAGAACCGAACGCAGGCGAUGAUGGAAGUCCAUCGGUUUUCUGGAGUUUCUGUGUCCGAUUUUAGUUCCAUGAGAUUCAUGCCCAAACACUGCUGCCUGCAUUCAUGCGAACAAGAUGACCACCACCUCGUGGUUGUCCAUAGGAAUUGUGGCCACCCAAAAGAACAUUAAGAACACUGCGAUAAUAACCGUUCAAAGGUGUUAAUAGGUGUUAACAAGCUCCCGGGUGGUCCCUGGUUUGUGCAGUUGUUCGGUAGUCUAACUGGACAAUGUUAGAAUAGGAGGGAAAUGCAAUAUACCAAACAGAAUAGCAAAAAGGCACAAUCAAGGUCUUUUAUGAGCCUUUUUGCAUGGCCCAUAGUCCUGAGGCAGGAGGCUGGCAAACAGGCCCCUCCAAGAACCAGUGGCGAGGAUACUUUCGCCACACUAAAUAUAUAUAUAUAUAUACACACACACACACACCUACCUCUUGCACUUCAUCCCCAAAAAUUACUGUAUCACUUGUUGUCCACAAGAGUCUAGAAGCUCCUUGCAGGAAUUUCCUGUUUGAAGAGAAAGCAGCAGGAGCACAGCAGACCUCAGCAGAGGUAAAUUCUCAAACCGCUCUCAAAUGGUUUGACUACUUAUCAUAGCAGGGUGACAGGGCACACCUAACACCAUAACCACUGCAGCAAAAGUGUUCUUUUAAAUAAUUACUCCAACACAAAAAAAUCCACAGUAGUAACCCUUCCAAUAACUGUAGAGCCAUAGCUAAAGUAACGCAUGUAUGAUUAUUUGUGGAAUAUAUGAACACCUGAUUACAUAAAUUCUGACUACUACACUUCAGACAGUGCUGACGGGUUAAGAUGCUGUGGCCCAGUAGAAAUUAGUUUUUUCCCCACAGAAAGAGAGAGAGAUGUCAGAUUGAUUCUUUUGAGUGACGUUGAUCUCCUUUACAGUGAACUGAAUUGGCUUAAUGGAUGUUUAUCUAAGAUCAUUCAUUCCUUUACAUUCACUGUAUAGACAAACCUAGAUUAUUCAGUGCCUGGCAAGAAUUAUCCAAAAGUGAUAAUUAGAAAGGAUCUAAAGUAAUAAGAUUAACCCCCUAAGGACACAGCAACAGCUUGCUUGUUUUGUACUUAAAGACACAAGCAAUUUUGCCAUUUCUGCGGUUGUGUUCAACCGCAAUUUUUAUUUUUCUCACUUAUUGUACCAACACAUUAUAUAAUUUAUUUUUUUUAAAGAAUAAAAAGGGCUUUAGUUUCAGGUGACAUGUAUAAACUCUCAUUUAUUCUAAAAAAAAACAAAAAUUCAACACCUCGCCCAUUUUUAAUUUUUUUUUAAAUACUUUUGGCAAUAUUAAUGUGUUCAUAAUUAGUGCAGCUGAAGAAAGAUCAUUUAAAAUAAAUUCAACGUGGGGGCGGACCGCCAUGCUGAAUGGACGCAUAGACGAUCGGCUCCGGCAGAUUCCAGGCAAUCAAGCUGAAAUUGAAUGGUUAACCUGCCUAAACACAGCUUAGAAGCAGCAGUCCUGUGUGCACAGAAGUGCUGGUACCGAAGCUACACUUUUUCCGCAACUUCUGCCCCCUUGAGAGGGUGCUACGACAUCGUGAUGUUGUAGAAUUAUUAGGCCUCUAUAAAUCUGUAAGGCCCCUUUAAAUCCUCUUGCUAUACCUCUAAGAGGCCCCCAUAGUUUUACAAGAAAGCUUUGUCUAUAGAACAUAGAAUUUGCAUGCCAGCAAGAAAUAGCUUUGAUAAAAUGUGUAUUUACUAAAAGCCUUGAAACCUAACCUUGAGAAACUAACAAGUGCCAGCUACGCUCUAAAUGGAUAGCUGCCAAAAGGCCCCUCCCGUCGAGUGAGCUCCUCAUGUUAGCAAAAUGGCGCUAAAACCUGGAGGAGUUAAAAAUGAUGUGGAUAGUGACCUAAGAAUGGGGAGGGCAUUUUACUAACAUCUUAGCACCUAAGCCAAUUAACAAUGUCUAUUUGUCUAUAUCUUGAUUUUCUUCAGUGAUGUAAUAAUGCCUUUAAAAGGGUCUGCGCACCCAUUUUCUGUCAGAAGCCAUUAAACUUCUCCGAAGUUCUUUCAUUAACCUGAACUUUGUGUCUCAGUGUGAAUUUACUUCUGCGUGCACGCAACUUUAUUAUCUUUAAUUUGGACAGGAACAGAUAGUCAUUCAAACUAAUUGGUUUGCAGUAAAUUAUCUACAACAGUGGUAGCUGAGGCACGCUUGGAUGGUGUCUCACUAUUCUGCCCAGUGGCAACAAGUCAUACCUUUGGCGCUACACGGUUCAGGCCUUGUUCUCCCCAGUCCUCGCCUUGGGGGCCCUCCUGCAAUUAGCGAUCGAGCUCUGCACUGGCAAACUCACCUUUUUACCCUGAGUUUGCCACGAGCGCCUGGAGGAGCCUGCUUGCCAGCCUCCUGCCCAGAGACUAUGGACCCUGUGGAAAAUAAUGUAAAGGUCUCUGUUCGUGCAAUUGGGAUUAUAUGGUUUGUUUACCGAACAGACCACCCAGGAGCUUGUUAACACCUAUUAACAACUUGGAACGUUUCUCACAGCAGUGUUCUAAUUGUACAGAAUAAAGUGACUAGCGCACAUAAAUAAGUAUGUUUACCUUAAAAUAUAUAUAAUACGGGUUCUUUCUUAAAAGUGUCUUUUUGCCUAUAUUAAAUAAAACAAAUACACAUAGUGUGACCUGUAUUUAAACAAAUAUUAUGAAUAAGAGUAGUCGGCAAACUCACAAUUUUUAGAGCCUAUUAUAAGUUGGCUCUGGACUUAUGGUGCAUUUCAUCUCACUUCAGGAGAUUUGUAGGUAGAAAUUCAGCAGUCACACCCACAGGAACUCAGGAACUCGAUGGUUAAAUGUAACAAAGAUUCCAGGGUCCAAGGUGGAAAUUAAAAGUAAAUAUUUGUAACGGAUCACUUGGCACCCCGACUGGGUACCUCCGUUGAAGGAUGCUCCUAGCACUUCCUGAGGGACUCCAGCAGACACCAUUACCACCGUAGACUCCUUCAGAGAGCAAAACAGGAACAAGCUCUUAAAAGAGCUUAGUAGUGAUUUAGCAAGGGAGUAUGACAAGCAUAACAAUCCCUUGUAGCAGAUUCCCCCAAUAAGAGACGGCACUCCAAAUUGAGGGUGAAGUAGAACUGACUGUACUGGCACAUACAGCCUCUUUUAUUCACAUUCUACAAACAUAGUACUGCCCACAGGGUUUUGAAGAACAACCAAUCAACACAUUACAACACAGCUAACACUCCCAUUCAUUACAACAGAAAUCCUCCCCUUUGCCUGUGAUACAAUUAUCUCAACACCAUAGACUAACUUAAUUAUCACAGGCAGGAAAAUAAAGUAUUAUAAAGCAUAUCACAGGGACCCCAAAACAUGCAAUAACACCAAAAUCUGGGGGAUCUGGGUGAACCACAUAUCCAAAAUUCACCCAGAUCCGUUCAGUAGUUUGGAAGAUGCGGUUUAAUGCAGAUUCCGCAGAACAUAUACAAGCUAUAUGAAAAAUAAUUACUGUAUAAUGUGUCCCCUGUUGUAUAGUUUAAAACUACUGAACGAUGUCUUCGUGCACCAAAUACUGGCGAGAUGGCACCGUGUAGAAAAGUCAAAACAGUGUCUGUGAGUUAAAAUGGCCGCCAUCCAUUGUUCUCGCCAUGUGUUUCAUCCAUUGUUCUCACCAUGUGCCUCUGAUACAUGAAAUGGUGGCCACCCAGUAACUCCACAGUUUGUCUGGUAGUCUAUCCAGCCGAACCAACAGAUGAAACACAUGGGGAACAGUGCAACAAACGAAGGGAAUCAUAAAAAAUAUGGACAAUAGUCAUAUUUGUGCACAAUCUCCAGUUUUGUCACAGGACACAAAUAGUGUUUUCAAAUGCCAUAUAUCCUGGGGCCAUAGUCAGAAGGUAGGAGGCGGGCAAGCAGCCCCCUCCAAGAACACGUGGCGAGGUCUGUUCCACCACAAUAUUUAUUUAUUUAACUUUAGUAAAAGUAUAAAAAAAUAAUAAAAGCACAAUGCGUUUCAACCUAUAUAAGGUCUUCCUCAGGUGCAGGUAUCUCAUACACUGAAUAUUCAUCAUUUAAUAUGUAACAUACUUAAUUACAAAAUAAUAUCACUUGUGUUAAUUGAAAAAACAAAUUCCCUCCCAUUUCCAAAUAUUGUCUGGACAGGAUGUGGUUUGCCGUCCCCAAUAUGGCGCCCCAUCCUGUUCCAGACAUAGCCCAAUGCCCUCCCAAACAUGUCCGAUCUUUUUUUUUCUCCUCUCUUUCCCUUCUCUUUCUUCUUUCCUCUUCUUCUCCUCUUCCCUUUUUCUUUUUCCUUUCUUCCUUCCUCUUUUCCCUUUUCUUUGGCCGUCCUCGCGUCGCGUCACUUCCGGUGACGUACUUCCGGUUUUCGGCAUUAAACGUCACUUCCGGUUGCGCGCGCAUCACUGAGUUCAGUAUCCCUUUGAAGUCCUAGGGGAGUGGCAUCGAACCUCCGUAGUCCAUAAUGGUGAUGGGCAUUCAUGUCCAUAAUGUCCAUAAAAUACAUAUGUGGGGGGAUGUGAAUAACAUAAAAAAACAUAGGUAAAUAUAUAUACCAUAUAAGGCAUUUAAAAUACGUCUAAGUAUAUCAUCAGCAUUAUAAAACCCUUAUUUCCAGUGAUAAAUUAAUAGAUUAAAAAAAGGUGAUAAAAGAAUCGUGAUUAAAAAUCCAUAAAAGCAUAGAGACAUAAACAGAGAGGGAGAUAUGGUUCAAUAUUGGAGAACUAUAGGAUACAAUUGAUCUCAAGAUCUAUAUUUAACCCUAACGGAUUUAGCGUUCUCAUUUCAAAAAUCCAUUUUGACUCUUGUAAACGCAGUUUUUUCCCCAAAUCUCCUCCUCUCCAAUGGUUGCUUACUUUCUCUAUCGCAUAAAAUUCCAAUGUUCUGAAUUAUGUUUUUCUAAAAAGUGUUUCGAUACACUAUGAUUUAUAAAACCUUUCUUAAUGUUUCUGUUGUGCUCGCUAAUUCUGAUUUUAACAGGUCUAAAUGUCUUCCCAACAUACUGGUAUCCACAUGUACAUUUUAACAAAUAUAUGACGUUUUUAGUAUGACGGGUGAUAAAUUAUUUGAUCUUAUAUUUUUUUAUCAGUUACAGAUGAACAAAAUUCUAUUACAUUUUUAUUAGCUAUAUUUGAAUUAAUGAAUGCAUUGCAUGAACCACAAUGGGAAAACCCCUUUUUGUUUUUGUGUCCAUAUCCUUCCUUAUCUAAGAAACUUUUUGUUAGCUUUUGCUUAAAAUUCCUAGCUCCCCAUAAAAUCAAUUUUGGCUUGUCCCCAAUGAAUUCUUUUAUUUCAUGCUCCUGUUUGAGAAUGUGCCAAUUCUUUUUUAUGAUGUGUUUAACUUUUCCCACAUUACUUGAGUAGUUAAAAAUGAAUGGAAUAUGGUCUUUAGGGUUUUCUUCAUUUUUUUUUUUUUCUCCCAUAUUUCAAAAGUGGUGAUCUAUUUAUAAGGGCAAUUUCCUCAAUCUGUCUUUCUAGAAUAUUUUCAUCAUAUCCCUUCUCUACAAACUGUUCUUUUAAAGUGCAUGAUUGUAAUAAAAAAAUCAGGGAGAUUUGAACAAUUCCUACACAUUCUUAAAAACUGUGCCUUAGGGAUGUUAGAUAGCCAGGGUUGAUGAUGGCAACUUUUAACCUCAAUGUAACUAUUUACAUCGAACUGUUUAAAAAAAACUACCAGAAAUAAUUGUUUUCGAGAAUCAUAUUAAUACCUUGUAGAAUAAAAUCACUCUGGAUAUCCCUUUACAAAUUUGAUUGCUCUAAAGAAAAUUUAAUAGCCUCACAUCCUUUAUUAUGUUUUAUGAUUGUGUAUAGGCUAGUUACAUCACAUGUAACCAAUAAAUAGUCUUUUUCCCAUUUAAAAUCCUUUACAAUGUUUAAUAGACUCAUUAUAUCCUGAAGAUAUGAUUUGGUCAUCUCCAGCCUUUGGUCAAAAAGAGCAAAUCAUAUCUUCAGGAUACAAUGAGUACCUUAUGUGCCAGGAUGGUGGCUCGGAGUCCUGCUACUGUGAAGGGUCUGGAGCUCUACAUGCAUGUCUCCCCUCACGCUGCGGCUGCCUUCUCCCGCUCUGUCUCUCUGCAUGAUGCUAGGAGGAAGUGACAGGCUGUCACUUCCUCCCAGCUGGCCAACAUUACAGGGACCCGGUCGCGGUCUUAAAGGACUGCGGCAUCCGACCGGCUCCCUGUUCAAUUGUAAUGUUUCCCUGGUGCUAUAUCAUAGCAUUGGGGAAACAUUCCGCGGCACCCCUGUGUGAACGUCACACAGUUUGGGAACCGCUGAUUUAACAUGCUAACUUAGGCCUGUAGAUGUUACUCUUGGAUUUUUUGCAAUUUCUCUGGCCAUUGCUCAGUCUGACCUUGGGGUGAAUUUAUUGGGACAUCCACUCCUCGGAAGAUUGCCAACUGUCUUUAAUAUUUUCCACCUUUUGAAUAAUCUUUCUCACUGUACAGUAAUGGACUUUAAUUUCUUUGGAAAUGGCCUUAUAGCCAUUCCCAUUAUGAUAAGGAGCAACAAUUGCUUCUCUAAGAUCAUUGCUGCUGUAUUUCCUCCUUGUAAGUGUGUUAGCACCUGGUUGUUCCAGACCAGCAAACAGCUAAAACUUUGGCUUUUAUAGAGGUGGUCACACUUGGUGAUGACCAAUUAAUCAAGGACAUUUGAUUAGUAGCACUUGUCUGAUACUUAGCCUCUUAAUUCCUAUGGAAGAACUUAGUUUUUCUCCCAUGGCUUCCCCAUUUUGGCUUUAUUUUUGGUAAAUAAAUCACAACAUGGUGUAAUACGUCUUGUGUUGUUGUUCACCUGAGGUUGUAUUUACCUAAUUUUAAGCCCUACUAAGGAGCAGAUGAUUGUUAUUAUGUCUUUUACUUUCUUUUUUCUUUACUGUGUAUAUGUAUGUAUGUAUGUAUGUAUGUGUGUGUGUGUGUGUGUGUAUAUAUAUAUAUAUAUAUAUAUAUAUAUAUAAUAUUAAAGCAAGGCUCGACAAAUACCAAGCGCCAGUUUGCCAUGGCGUCUAUGACUUUUGGGAUUUGUCAGACCUUUUGCUAAAACGGCUGGCUUGAGGUCGCCCUACUAAGCAUGGAUGGGGGCGGCUACAAUGCUCCCUGAGCCGACCUGCCGCCCACAUCCAAGCUUCCCAAGGCGGCCGACUGGGGAAGCAUGGAUGGGGACUGGCGGCCGGCUCAGGGAGCACUGCAGCCGGCGGCCACCCUGGGGAGCAUGGAGGCGACCAUCUCAGGGAGCAUUGUAGCUGUCCGGCCGAUCUGGUUAGCAUGCAGGCGGCCAGCUCAGGGAGCAUUGUAGCUGCUUCCCUGGGGAGCAUCGAGGUGGUCGGCUGUGGCAGCGCGCAAGGUAGCAGUAAUCUUCCUGCAGCUCCUCUGGACCCCAGGGAAAGAUCCACAAAGACCUACCAUUUGUGAAAGUAGACAUUCCAAGGUAUCUCAUAUGGUGUAUAUUGAGCCUCAGUGUGCCACCAUUUUGUUAUGUCAUGGUCAAAUUGUAUUUAUUUAUGCAUUGCAUUUUUUUUUACAUCCAUAAUGCAUUUUUAAACAGUGUAAAACCAAACAAGGUGAUAAGCGCAUACAUAUAAAAAGGAUUAGUUACCUCAUAUACAAAUUCUUCUUAACUUAGAGUUACAUAUAUUAAUCCUUAUACAGAAACAGAGAUAAAACAUAACAUAGUGUAAUCUGCAAAUAUAAAUCGUGAGUAGGAUUUAGAAUUCAGAACCCUCACAAUUUUCUGAGCCCAUUGAAGUUGGCUCUGGACUUAUGGAUCAUAUAUGUCUACUUGUAGACAUAGGAUGGAUUCCUCUUGUGGUUAGGGUCCUAAGAAGUACAAAAUGGCUGGAAACAGGAAUUUCAAAAAGUGGUACAUAGAUAAAAAAGCUUUAUUAGUUAUAUAGAUAAAAAACAUAACAUUGGAAUAAGUGCUUAACGCGUUUCAACCCCACAAAUGGGUCUUCCUCAGGUGCUGAUGAAAGUCCUAUCAGUAUAAACAUUCUUUAUAUACACAAAUAUUACAAACAAUUAAUCACACAUGUUGUAAAAAACACACCCAUUUCCAAAUAUGGUCCGAACCGGAUACGUAUCAUGCCACCUCAAAGAUGGUGAUGUUUCCGGUUCGGAUACACAUAUCCGUUCUUUGAGCCAUAUUGGUAAUCUUUCCCAAGAGUAUGUAUAAUAAAAUAUAAAUUAGAACCACAUAUAAAAUGUCAGAGUUUGUUCUAUCACUUCCAAUAAAAAUUUUUUUUUACAAUCUGCUAAAUCCCCUGGAUUCCACAAAUGUGGAACUUGUUCAACUUGUACUCACCAAAAAAAAAAGACCACAAGUUUUACAGGUACAUAUACUAACAAAACAUACUCAAUUAAAAAGUUUCUACAUUGCUCAUCCACAUAUGCCAUCUAUUUGUUGGAAUGUGGUUGUGGUACGUGGGCAGGACCAUCCGUUAACUCCACAUCAGAUUCCGAGAACAUUUUAAUAAUAUAAAGAACAAAGAUUGGAUCACAGUGUACCUAAGACAUUGUAGCAUGUGUACACUUUUUGAUUGGUCCACAUUUAUUGCCAUUGCCAUAGAUAACAUUGGCACUCAUUGGAGGGGAGGGAAAAAAAUUAAAGAAUUUGUUAGAAAAGAAGCCCAAUGGAUAUAUAAUUUAAGAACCCAAAAAAACGGUUUGAAUCAAGACAUUGAUCUUGUAGGGCUCAUUUAAUUCCACUCACCUAUUUCACUGCUUCUUUUAUCUUUGUAAUAUUGGGAUGACAAAAGUAUUGUUUAUUGAUUAUUGUCAAUAAUGGUUUAUUUUUCAAUUGUGGUCAUACUGUGUUCCAUGUAUAUAUUUUAGUGAAUGGGAUGCUUAGGGGAACAUGGGCAGAAUCUUGAUUUAUUUUUACACAUAAUAGAUUAUUUUCUGAUCGUUAUAGCUUACAUGCUUUCUGCCCAUAGGACCUUCAGCAUCUUUUCUACAUAUACUGUAUGCGAAUUAGUUCCAUAUUGUUGUGUUCGUACCUCGAGAUUCAGUGCCACACUAUCUCUGUAGGAAUACUGUAAUCUCGCCCUGCUCCUGUGUUAGAACAGGAAGUCAUGGCUUGCAUUCCACGGAGGAACGCAUUAAAUCAUUCUUCCCCACCAAUACCGGAACAGGAUGUCCCGGCUUGUGUUCCAUGGAGGAACACAGGAAACAUACAUAUGCCGGUGUUCUAUCAAAUUCCCCUUCCUCGUGAAAAUCCCCUACCCUCGUCACUUCCGGUGAGGGAUAUCCGCUGGAUCCUGUGCUGCACAUGCGUGCUAGCACUCCUGCUACUCCUCCACAGCAAGGUCUUUGAAGGUAAGUAAAACUAGUUUUACACUUUCAUUAUAGUUAGUGCAUUCACUAAGCUUAGGCACAUGGGACAUUUAGGGUUAGAUAUUCCCCUAAUGUGAAAUGUCACUAAAUAUAAACAAGUCCCUAAUCCUAACCCUAAUUUGAACCCUAACAUUAACCCUAAAUGUCCCAUGUCCUAAGCUUAGUGAAUGCACUAACUAUAAUGAAAGUGUAAAACUAGCUUUACUUGCCUUCCAGGACCUUGCUGUGGAGGAGUAGCAGGAGUGCUAGCACGCAUGUGCAGCACAGGAUUUAGCUGAUUCCCCUCACCGGAAGUGACGAGGGUAGGGGAUUUUCACGGGUAGGGAAAUUUGAGAGAACACUGGAUCCGGAUAUUGCGUUCCACAGUGGAACGCAAAUGAUUAAUGAACAACACUUGCAAGCCCCAGACCUAUGACAAAACGCGUUGGAUACAUGCUUCUUUGGAUUUUUUUAUAUUUUGUUUUAUAUGUUCAUUUUUAUUUGUAUUUUUAUCUACAUUGUUCACCUACCAGUAUAUCUCCCAGGAUUGGAGGAUUCUCCAUUCGAUCCACUCACUAGUGGAGAUAAGCCCACUGUUUCUAAAUUGUUAUAUUUUUAUACAAUAUCACAUUAUCUGCACUUUUUUGUCCUUUUGAGGUUCUGUGGUGCCUAGAAGAUUUCCACCAUCUUCGUAUACCCCUGAAGAUGAAAGAGGUAAAUUACUAAUAUUAUUAAAAACAAAGCAGGAGAAUGAGGGUGGAUUCACUCAUAACUAAUGGGUGGAAUCCACUCCCAUUCACAGUAACCUCCUAAUAUAUGUCCCAAUAAAAAGUAAAAAAAAAAAAAGGGGAGCUUUAUUGAUCAAAAAAGAGAACGACUAAACUACAUACAAACACCUGUAUAUAGCCUAAUUGUAUAUGUGAAAAAAAUAUAAAUGAAUAAUUAGAAAAAGAAGUGAAAACAGUGAACAAAACUCUGGGUCCCUAAAUGGACCUGAAUACAGGUCGAAUAAAUAUCGCCAGCAGAUAUCGGUAUAGGAUCCUCUCAUAAAGGAUCAGAGUGCAGCCAAACUAAGCCCUAAGACUACUAUACAAUAUCUUAUAGAAAAAAGAUAAAAGUCAGGUCCAUCUAGAGCUGUCAACUUAUACAGAUUGUCUAUGAGUGGAAUAUGACUCACAUCAAUAAAUGUCUAGCGGUAGGGACAGUACUAGUAUCAUCUAGGAAUAUAGUACAAAGCCUUACCUGGACACCCUUAAAUGUAGGGUGGGGACACCUAUGGGCUUAAGUCCAGAAUCUUAUUCAAAUGCCUAGGAAAACUUUCUAGUCAUAUAGCAGGAUAGGUGUGCCAAACGACAGCAAGUGGCUAGGUGUGUUUACUGCCAUCACCAGGGAGAAAAAGGAGAGGGGGGGUAAAACCCACAAAAACAAAAAAUGCUCCCCUAGGAGGUCCUUGAACAGGGUAGAGAGUACCUCAAAAGCCCACCUAGCCCAGGUAUACCUCUAAGGGGGUGAAAACAGUGGGCAGGGGAUGUAGUCACAUGUCCUCAAGGUAGGAGCCCCCCCAGUCACCAUAAUCCAGAUUUGACAGGAAAGCGUAGCUCCCUAGGUCCUAAGGCCGAUAAGCAGACACCCUAUUAAGCCCUAAGCUGGCUGACAAAUCCUGAAGUAAGACAGAAUAACUAACUGCUGCUUCAAGGCAGCCUAGCACUGUGCCUAUCGACCACAAUUUACACUAGACUACGAACUGAGGUCACAGACAUCAUGGGAACCCAGGUAAGUGAAAUAAAAACAAAAAUUAUUCUCUAAAACAGAAUAACAUGCAUCGGCAUAUCCAAGCUCGACGCGCGUUUCGGCGUUAUAGCACGCUUUUGUCAAGAGUUAACCAUCACACUACAGCUGAGGCACCUAAUAAAGGGGCAAUUGAACACACCCCCAAGCUCAAACGUGGCCUGUCCUCAUUGGUCAAUCAAUGUGGGUUUGUCGAGGGACGAAACAGGAUACUCCCCCCCCCUAUCGGUUCAACCAGUAGACGAUGAAUGGGCGUGGAAAAAUGGCCUGAUCAUACCCAAAGUAUGAAUUACCGUUGUGCUCCUAAAUAAUAGUAUAUACGAAGGGGCACCCGGAGUGCAUGGUCAUAAUGCCCAGAGAGCUUUCAACUACCCCAUAAGGGAGGAGAAAAGGCCAGGAGGGCAACUGGGCUCGGCCAGAGCACUCAAAAUAAGCAGUCACCAUAGAGGGGCUGGCCGGGAGAGCUGGUCACUCCCCUGAUCGCUCUAGGCCAAUCAAAUUGGUAGGGGGCAUAUCCUAAGAUCCGUGUAGCCAAUAAAGAGGGAAAGAGGUGGCUCCAUGGAUUUAAAGAAUUACUAUAUUGCAAAGGACAUACCCUAUGCAAAUAGGGCACCUAGACAGUAAAACCCAGUCCGGAUUUAUACCUUGUAAACGCAACGUUCCGAAUACAUCACUCCCGGACCGAGAGAGUGGGUAAUUUACUUCCAGAUGUAUAAAGAUGUAUUGCUAAAUAAACCUAAAGGUUGACUAAGUGCACUGGAAACCAUUAACGCCCCUCCUGUUCAAUGGCCAUCUGCCCCCCAAACCCACCCCAAAGGGUGGCAAAGGGAAAUUUUUAAGUGGGCGAACUCACCGUUGUAAACUGUAAUCGAUAAGGCUAAUAGUGUCUCACACACCAUUAAAAUUCUAAAAUACAGUCUAAUCCAACAAGGCAAGCAAACCCAAAUGAUGCUUAGGGCAAGGGGGAGUAUCAAUAAAUUGUGCCACGGAACUUAUUUAUUAGGAAUUUAACCUGGAAUUGGUGCCUUAUUUCACACGGUCCCUAGAUAAUAAAACACUGUGUACAAAAAACUAAUCACGGCUUUACUAGAAUAAUACAUCAUCAAUGGAGAGCCGAUCAAAGUGGAAUCGAACUACUUAAUAAAGACACUGCAAAACAAAGAGCUUAAAAGAUACAGACACUAACAGGGGGCUAUUUACACUAUGUACAACCAAUAUACUCAAGAAUUGUUAAAUAAAGGGGGAGAAGGAAAAACCUUCAUUAAGUUACUAAUAUGAUUAUUUCACAAAAUGAUUUGCAAAAUAAAUCCAAAUUGCAAAACUGUGAAUAUUGUGAAUAUAGCAGAGCUAGAGAUGUUUUUCCAGAUCAGCUAUCUUUGCCUCUGGGUUUCCUUUCAGAUUAAAUUUGUGAAAAUUCACAGUACAGUUGUCAGUGUCCAGGGCUUUUGGCAUGGGUCCCAUUAUUUGUAAUUGAAAUUAUUUUGUGUCAUGACGGACAACAGGUAGAUAUGGCUAGUGCUUUAUUUAAUUUUAUUUUUAUCCCGCACCCAUUCAAUUCACUUAUCAUCAUUCUUAUUAUUAAAACUGCAAGUUGUACUACAGCUUCCUGAAAGCUUUGUUCUCCUUUCUGAUGUAGCUAAUAUGUUACUGGACACUGCAAGUUAAAAGCGAGGGACAGAGGAGCCCCCCCAUAUUUAAAUUUUUUAAAUAAUUUUUUUAAAACAUUUUUUUUGUGCCACAGAUAUAUUUCCCAUAGAUCUAUUAGUUAUUGGAGAUUGUAAAUGAAUACUCUUCUUUAUGCUUUCUCAACAUUUCUGUUAAAGUGAGAGACAAGCCGUGGAUUGUUCAUUGUUUAAUGCAUCGCAUAGCUAAAAUUUUCCUUUAACCCUAAAGAAAGUGAAAAUUAAGGUUUCAGCACUAGAACUCCCCGUUAAGAGUUGAAUGAUAUCACAUCCUCCUGUUAUUUAGUUGUCUGUAUAUAGCACAGGAGUGCAAGAGAGACUAGAACCUUUCUCUGCCAGCAAAGAAUGCAGAGACAGCUUUAAAACCUAUUCGAGCCUUGCAAGAAAGAUGCUCUGAAUACGGUAAAUUUAAGUGUAGUUUCACAUAUAACAGGAGUUGCCAAAUAUUUAUGAAAUGUAUGCCACGUUCUUCACUCAUGUAAUGCAAUUUUUAUAUAUUUGGAUAUUUAUUUUCCCCAAUAGAUCACCAGCAGAUUUUCAAGGCGGCUCCAAGCAAAAAUUAGUGACUUGCUUCAACAAAUGGAAGAAGGGCUUAAGACUGCAGAUCCACAUGACUGCUCAACAUAUACUGGAUAUACAGGUGAGUAAUUUUAAUUCAUCCAUUUAUUUGGGUAGUAGAGCAAAAAAAAGAUGAACAGUUUAAUUUGUGAAAAUGCACCAUUUUUAUGUGGGUACCCCGGCUUGAUAUGUUGGCACAGAUGCCUGCCCUACACAUAAAAUUCUGUGCAUGUAAAUGUGAUGUCACAUUAAGACAAAACAAUCAAGCCAACAGUUUUAAGGGUAUCUCAGUUGAACAUUAGAGAAUUGUAUAAAGCUACUUAUGCACAUCUCCAAAACCUAUCUAGUGUGGACAUGCAGGAAGUUCUAAAACACAAUUAUAUGCAUAUAUAAAGUGAAUAUUAAGUUAUUUAUAAAUCCAUUCCCUGUGCAAUACAGGUAUCUAUAAGACCACAUCAAUAUGCAAUGAUCCAUUGUGCAUGCAUUGUAUUUGAUGUGAUAUAUGUAUAUUGGGCCUGUUCUGGAAUUUGUGGGAAUGUUGAGUGGUAAAAAGUCAUGUAUGUGUUGUGUGAAUUUGUGUAUUUCAGAUAGUUAAAGCAAAAGAAAAACAAACAGCAUUCCAUUGAAAUCAUAUAACUUUAUUCACACCUUAGGAAGGUACUGCUGGGAGGGUCCCUGAGAUGUGUGUGUAUACUUCUGGGGCACUGGCGAGUUUGGCAGUUUGCCAGACCACUUCAUCUCAUUAACUUGGCCUGUAAACCUUGUCCUCUAAACCCUGCAGCUGAUAACUUUGCAGUUUUAGAGAAACUGAAAUGUGUACAUUGCAGAGUUAAAAGAAUACUAUAGCGCCCUCCCCCCCGGCACUGUAAGAUUUAUAAAAUCAUUACUGGACUUGAUUCCAGUGCCGAUUUCCCUUGGUGCUCUGUCUCCUCCGAUGUCAUUAGACAGACCCCAGAGGCACUUCCUGCAAUUUCACUUCCCCACAUUGUGUCACCCACCGAACGUCUAUGACUUUAAGCCAGAUGUGUUUUCCUCAUGUAGAUUGACUCCCUGCCAGGUCUUUUUCUCAGUCUUCUAGAGUAAGACUGCGUCCCAAGCCUCGAUUGAUUGACGUUUUGCCUCCCACGCCAAUCGAGGCUUGGGACGCAAAACAUCAAUCAACAGACCCGGAAGUAAUCACUCGCUCCAAUUGGAGAAAACCCGCCAAAAGGCGCGUUUAGGACUUUUAAAAGGAAUCCAGAUAUAGACCAGCGAUAAUCACUAUCAAAUGCCCCUGAGGAAGUCUGCUUGAAGGACGAAAUGCUUAGGGCUGUGAGAAGGACAUAAUGACUAUUAUUUUAUUUUAAAUAUACAUUUAGUUUUUUUACUGUUACUAUUUUAUGUAUAUGGAUUGAAAGCUGCUAUCUUGCUGCCGACUGCAGAGGAUUGUGUUACAUCGUACCCUGAGUCUGGACAUACAAUUUACGAUAUGCAAACUUAAAGAAUCCAUCUUGUAAGUGCAAUUUGAGAAUAAAAGUAUUUUAAUCUUUAAAGAAAUACACUAUGUUUGCCUUUCUUCACUAUGUUUCACUAUGUUUGCCUUUCUUCCUCUAUUUUCUAAAUGGUCUAUGGAUUGAGAGAAUAUAACAGAAGGGCAACGUCCUAUAAAGAAACCUUUAUGUGCCUGCUACAAGCUAUUACCUGUUAGUAACCUUAAGUUACCCACGGUUCUUCAAAUUUUUAUCCACGCUACUACAGCUCCCUCCUUUAUUAUAGAUUGUAUUUUGUAUGUACAUAUAAAGAAGCUAAGAGGAAUCUUCUUAAAAUCUAGAAAACUAUAUAAGAGUAAUUUCACCACUUAAAUUUUCACGUGGUUUUGGGUGUUAUUGUAUAUAUUCUUUGGUUAUAUAUUAUAUUUCUAUACAGCCCCUAAUUUACCCUGCAGCCACUACAGCCCCUAAUGUACCCUGCAUCCACUAAAGCCCCGAUUACCCCUUAUAUUCACUACAUGUUUCUACAGCAAAUCCCGUAAGUGCACUUCCUUGUUUAUGUGUGUGUAUCUAAAUCUAUACUUCACAAACAAGGAAGUGCUCUCACACUUUGAAUUAUAUGUAUAAUAUAAACUAAUUCUAAGUGUAUUUUGAUAAUAAAAUAUACAUAUGUAUAUGUGUGUGUGUGUAUGUGUAUGUAUGUAUAUAUAUAUAUAUUUAUAUAUAUAUAUAUAUAUAUAUAUAUAUAUAUAUAUUUGUGUAAGGGGCAAAAUAGCCGUAUAUGGAGUAAGGAUCCAGCAUAAGCUUAGGAUAGUGUAAAGGGAGCAAGUCGGUUGUGGUGUGCCGAUACCGACGAUACGGUAGGCCUGUAAAUAAAGAGGGCCCACCAAGGAGUAAGAAAGUAAAGUAAAUGGAAAGAAAAGAGAAAGUGUUGAAAUGAGGAGUGGGUGGGAGGGUCAUUCUGAUGCUGACCUCAAGCGAUAUGAGUCAGGUAAGGGGUGUCCCUUAUAUAGGGGAGUGAAUUAAUUUAAGCCCCUCCCACAAAUACAGGCAAAACUGCCUUAAUACUUGUGUAAGGGGCAAAAUAGCCGUAUAUGGAGUAAGGAUCCAGCAUAAGCUUGGGAUAGUGUAAAGGGAGCAAGUCGGUUGUGGUGUGCCGAUACCGACGAUACGGUAGGCCUGUAAAUAAAGAGGGCAAAAAUGGAUAAUCAAAGAUUUAAUACAGUCAACAAAUAUAUACAAAUUAACCAGACAUUUCCUUAAAUGCAUUACAGUAUUUAAUUCCUGAAAGGAUUUUGAAGGUAGGAAUCUAGGACCGAAAGUGGGCACCAUUUGUUGUGGGUAGGAUAGUAUGUUAUCUCUACUGUUGGUGCAUGUUGACUCAUUUCGGAAUGUGGUAGAGCCAAUAGGUAAUGAUAUAUGUGUUUACGUACGUGGGAUCGUUGAAGACAAUGAUCUGUCUGAGUGGUGGUGAUGGUAGUGUAUUCUCUGGCCUGAGAAAGGCAUAAAAGGCAAUGUGCAUGGCUGGUAAUGGCUGACUUGGUAGUAUAAUUGAAUGGUUGUAGAUCUAAUAGGUCCGAUAAGGAUGAACAGUUGGAUGGCUAUUGGUAAUCUCUGAGAGGAACGUGGGGGAAUGGAUUCCUGAAAACCUCUGAGUAUAUUCUUUUCUGGUAUGAUAGCAUGAAGUUUAUGGUAGUUUUGGCCAUAGGUUAUCAUGUGUUGUUGAAUGCCUGUAAAAUAUAUAAUUAAUGGUGUAUGAGAUAGUUUAAGUUUAAGGUGGCAAAAAUAAGCAAAACUUAAGAGAAAUUUUGUGACACAGGUUGAGCUAUGUCGUGUUCCAAUGAGAUUCUUUAAGCCAGGUGAAAAGCUGUGUUAUGCGUUCUACAAGUAUGGGACGAAAGUGCUAGGUGGGAUAGUGCAUGCUAUGCUGCAUGAGUAUGUCUAAUCCAUGAUUUUGUCUCUGGAACGAAAGAGUGGACGUGACUGUAUGGGCGGCUGUAGGAAGCGUAUGAUGAACAUGCCUGGAAUAUAAAUGAGACAGUUGUCGGCAGGGAUGUAUACCCCCGUCUGGUACAUGAAAGUGAAAUGUGAUAAGUGGCCAACCAAGUGAGUUCCCCAGAAACAUCAUGAACUUAUGGAUGAGUAGUGGCGUUUGUUGAUGAUAUGAUAUGUGCUUAGUUGUCUGAGUAACAACGGAUUGAUGACCCUGACCAUGAUUUACCCCAUGCCACAGCAGCUGCUACAAUGGGGUAGAUCUCCCAAAGGGGCUGAAGUGGUGGAAAACAGCCCCAAAGCAAUUGUUCCCGGUAGAUCGCUGCCAAACCCGUGGUAUACGCUGCGUCUGACCAUCUGGUUGGAGAAGUGUCAGACAAUCCUGGAAGGAACAUGCUUUUACCAUGCCAAGUGGUUAAGAAAUCCCCCCCAUGUGCAGGUCUGCUGUUGCUGAGGUGUCUAGGCACCUCCUCUGAUCGUCAUGUUGGAAGUGUGGAAAAAAAGGGAAAGUACUCUGGAUGUGAAAGCGUGGUCUUGUGGUAUGAUUGGCAUGGCAAAAUUAAGGAACCUGGUAGGGAUUGUAGUUCCUUGUAGUUGUAAGUACUAAGCAGGAGGUAGUGAUUGAUUUAGUUGAGAAUGUUCCCUAUUUGUCUUGUGGUAACUUGCGUGUAUGGAUGCCGACUCAAGUCAUAUGCCCAGUAAUGUGAUGAUAGUGUCUGCGCCUUCUGUUUCUUAUGGGGUACUGGGACGCCCAAGUGGUCAACCAGACUAAGCUGCCAUGAGGCUUCUAGGGAAAAAUAUGCUUUCUUUGAGCAACAAGAAGUCUUCUAGAUAGUGUAUGACUGUAAUGCCUCUGGAUAUGUUAUCAUAACCAGCACAGAGUAUCUGUGAAUAUCGAUAGUAGGUUAAUCUGUAGCUCGAAAGUUGAGCAGGGAAAGGAUUGCCCAAUUUAUGCCAUGUAAGUGCCAGUGUGUAGGGUAGAUGGUAGCUGUUUACUGCGUUGAUGAUAUUGGUCUUACUUAACCAAGCUUUAACCCAUGCUUGAGUGAUAGCUGUAAAGGUAGAUCAAUGGUGUUGUAUAGUAAGAAGGGAGUUGAGACUUGGGGUAGCGGAGGUGUGUGGUGCCAAUAAGUCUAUGGUUAGUCUUUGUUUAAGGGAAGAUUCCUUGUGACAAUACCAAUGUGUGUGUUUGGUGCCAUGCUGUAAAUGGUGGAGAUUGGAAGACCACUCUGCACAUCUUGGCUAUGAGUGUGUUUUCAGCCAAUGGUUUUGUUGUGCUGACUGUAAGUGAGGGCAUGCUAUAUUCCUUGAAGGUGUGUUUAUGAUACCUGUAUGGGAGCCCUUUGAAGCUCCAGAGCUUUAGUAAAUCUACUACAAGUCUGGAAGGGUGAUGAGUCAGUAGUGUUGAAAAUGCAUUGGUGUGUACAGAUGGUGAGUACGUUAUUUGUAAGUUGUAUUGGGCCACAUGGUUUGUCAUGUGCCCUGAACCAUUUGAACAUAUAUACAACAGUCUAUAUGCAAUGCAACUACUCAUAUCAAUCGUCUCUGGUAGUUCAGAGGUGCUGGUACCUGGAGCCUGAGAGUGCUCGUCCAUUUGUUUGGGACAGAACCCCUUCUGUAUGGGUACCUGCACAAAUAAACAUCUCUACAUAUUCCAAAUACCAACCCAUCCAAGAGAUGGUCAGUUCCCGAUUUACCUGGAAUCCCUGAAUCUGACCAUCACAGAUACAUCAUCAUACAUAUAUAUGCCUUGCUUCCCCAAUGUGCUGGGAUCAUACGUGCAGGGUUAACAUCUUGUGUGUCAUAAGAAUUGAUUGUACCAGGUAACCGAGUUUCGGUUGGUGCUGGUUGUACAGUAACGUGAGGCCCAGCCUUGUGAGGGCUGUGGUGACCAACUCGAGAUUGCCAGUCUGUCAUAAAAUUUUUUGGCUCAUGAGUUUAUGAGUGAGGCUAGCAUAGCCUGGGUGUCACCUGAGUUGAUGUAGCUGGGCCUUCCCCUGCCUCUGUGUUGUCCAUUGAUGUAUGGAGGAGUUUGAAUAACUCUGCUUUCUUUGCUGUAGCAGGGUAGGGGAUUUGUCACCUCCUUAGGUCGGUGGUAAUGUGUGGGAUCGUCCAGGAUCUGAUUGCUGCAGGACUAGCAACUUCUCCUCUGCUUGAACGUGUAUCAAUUCUAGCCGGGGUGCUAGGAAGAGGUGAUUCUUCACCAUCUUUUGGAAAAAUACUUAAAUAACAAUAAAGAUGCAAUUAUUUGUACCCAGGGUUCUUGUACUGGCUUGCUAGCUAAGCCGUAAGGCGAAACGAUUAGGCUUGGUGUUUUUUGGUGACUGGUGAGGCCCUGCUAGUUGCCAAGUGGCUUGAGAGGUUCUAUCUAUGCUUGGCGCGAGGGGAUUUUGUGUGGCCACCGAACAUUGUGGCAGGAUGUUGGCCUCUCGGUGACAGUAACCAGAAAAUAGGAAGGGGAGUGACAGGUGAGGCCCUCUCUAUGAUACAAUGCGAGGCGGCUAGCUCACGAGUGGCCCGAGGGGUGUAUGCCUCCGAGUGUGAGGCGGGGUGUUGGCCUCGCGGGACCACUAACCGAAGCAUAAUGCAGAGAAAAAAGGGGGUAAUACCUAUUGGGCCCUAGAACCCUAAUUGCCAGUACACUAUUACUAUUCCAGGGAAGGUAAGAGAUGGAUAACUACGUGAGCACCUGGUGUACCUGGUAGUAUGGUAUUGAACCUGACAAUCCAUAUAGGUUUUUUAGUAGUAACUGUAACCUGAAUGGAUAAAACCGUAUGGCAUAAGGAAAUAUGGCAUAGACCAAGCUUAUCUUAAUACGUACAGUAUAUGUGAAAAGUAAAGUGCCAUGAUGUGUAAAUAUUAAACAUCGUAGCCAUACUAGUUAAAUAUGUAUCAAUCUUAACCCAUUAAGUGCCGUAUGUACAAGUGAAAAUGUGGUCUGUCCUCACCUUGUAUGUUGUAUGUCCCCUUGCUAGGGGAAAGUCUGUUGCGUGAGCAGCGUGCUGUGAAAAAUGUAUGUGAACUAUAUUACCAGUUACGUAUAUACAGACGCGUCUGCUACUGUGUAAUAAUAUAUGUAUUUAUACCUGAUGUUGAUAUAGUGCUUGCUAUGUGAAUUGUUGUAUGUCUUAUUGAAUGGUAGGGGUCAGUGAACAUGGUGUUGCAAAAUGCAAGUGCACUGGAGAUCUGCCGAGUGCCCUAUAGGUGGCAGUGUAGUUGGAUACUGAUUGGUAUGUGAAAUGUUGUUUGUCUGUUGACCUAUAGGUGUAAGUAUUUUGGUGUUUGUAAAACCCCAUGAAAAUUGUCAAUGUACUUGACAGACCUGUAGGUGGCAGUGUUGAUAGAACCACUGUUGGUCUUGAUGUGAAAUGUAAAUUAUUGUGAACUAAACCUGAAUUUGAGCCCGUGCUGGAGUUUCAUUUAUGGUUUAUGGUUAUGUUUAACCCCGUAAGGACCAAACUUCUGGAAUAAAAGGAAAUCAUGACACGUCACACAUGUCUUGUGUCCUUAAGGGGUUAAAACAAUCUAAUGUGUAAUUUAUAUUGGCUGGUAAAUUGUAUAUGACAUGUGAAGACAGUUUUGCUGUUGACCAGUAGGGGUCAUAAAUGCUGAUUGUAUGGUAAAAAUACCCUUUAACCCCUUAAGGACCAAACUUCUGGAAUAAAAGGGAAUCCUGACAUGACACACGUCAUGUGUCCCUAAGGGGUUAAUCCUACCGUAUGACAGAUAGGAGUCAGUAUAAAAGCGAAAAUGCUGUAGUUAGUUUGUUUGCUUAUGAAGUGAAAUAAAGUCUGAGAAGACUGUAGUAUACGAUUGACCGGUAGGGGUCAGCAUGUAGGCGAAAAUGCCGUGGUUGUUGGUUUGUACAUGAAAUGCAAUAAUGUCUGAGAAGCCUGUAGUACACUGAAUGACCGGUAGGUGUAAGUGUGUAGGUAAAAAUGCAGUGGUUUAUUGUUUUGUACACGAAAAGCAAUAAUGUCUAAGAAGCCUGUAGUACACCGAAUGACUGAUAGGGGUCAGUGUGUAGGUGAAAAAUUAAGUGGUUUGUUGGUUUGUACCUGAAAUGCAAUAAUGUCGGAGAAGCCUGUAGUACACAGAAUGACCGGUAGGGGUCAUUGUGUAGGCGCAAAUGCAGUGGUUCGUUGAUUUGUACAUGAAAUGCGAUAAUGUCUAAGAAGCCUGUAGUCCACCGAAAGACCAGUAGGGGUCAGUGUGUAGGUGUAAAUGCAGUGGUUUAUUGGUUUGUACAUGAAAAUGCAAACAAUGCCUAAGAAGCCUGUAGUACACCGAAUGACCAAUAGGGGUCAGUGUGUAGGUGAAAAAUGCGGUGGUUCGUUGGUUUGUACAUGAAAUGCAAUAAUGUCUGAGAAGCCUGUAGUACACCGAAUGACCGGUAGGGGUCAGUGUGUAGGCAAAGAUGCAGUGGUUCGUUGGUUUGUACAUGAAAUGCGAUAAUGUCUAAGAAGUCUGUAGUACACCCAAAGACCAGUAGGGGGUUUAAACGAAUGAUAUGCUUGAACAUGCAAUGGUUUUAGAACAGACUUAGACAAAAUGCAGCAGUAAAGUGAGGACCUGACCCUUGCAUGGUGCCGUGGGACUGAUGCCUGGCGUAAUGGGUAGGUCAAUUUACGGUUUGUGAGUCACUUGGACACCAUCCACAGCAAUAGAUUAAGGAAAGAAGGUGGUAGGCCGGAAAAGCCUGUGGCUGGAUUCCUGACACAGCUCAGCUUAGAAAACCUCAUGGAGUAAUCAGGUAAAAUGGCGUCUGGAUGACCCGGAAGUGGAAAUCAUUCUGAUGCUGACCUCAAGCGAUAUGAGUCAGGUAAGGGGUGUCCCUUAUAUAGGGGAGUGAAUUAAUUUAAGCCCCUCCCACAAAUACAGGCAAAACUGCCUUAAUACAUAUAUAUAUAUAUAUAUAAAAAUAUAUAAAUAAGGUGCACUCACAGGUCUUCAGAAGCGCUUCUUUUAUUUUACAUGCAAAUUACAUGUGCAAAAAAAUCUACAAAUAAAUCGACGAAAGGGGUCGAAACGUCGAUUUAUUUGUAGAUUUUUUUGCACAUGUUAUUUGCAUGUAAAAUAAAAGAAGCACUUCUGAAGACCAGUGAGUGCACCUUAUUUAUAUAUUUUUGUAUUCAUAACGCUAAGGUUUGCAUCCAGGCUAUAUUUAUCUGGAUAUUUACAGUAAAGGGUGAGUGCCAAGUUCUAUCUCUCUUUAUAUAUAUAUAUAUAUAUAUAUAUAUAUAUAUAUAUAUAUAUAUAUAUAUAUAUAUAUAUAUAUAUAUAUAUAUAUAUAUAUAUAUAUAAUAUAUAUAUAUAAAACAGGCACUCUACCUUUAAGAAGUUGGUUAAAUGGACCCCAGUGCUGCACAGCGUGGAUAGAUAUGCAAGACGUUUGACAAAGACCUUCUGUUUCGAAACGUUGAUCACUUUGAAUCUACAUAAAAUCUAUUGAAAAAUCCUCUGGAGUGCCCUCUUCAUCGUUAUAUAUAUUAUUUUUUCUUUUUUUUUCUUUUUUUAUUAAUUAUUUUAAAUUAUUUUUUUAAAUUAAAAUACACUUAGAAUGAACGUGUGUGUGUGUGUGUGUGUGUGUGUGUGUGUAUAUAUAUAUAUAUAUAUAUUUGUGUGUAAAUAUUCAUUCUAAGUGUAUUUUGAUAUCAAUAUAUAAUUCUAUAUCUUGAUAUCAGAGUACACUUAGAAUGAAAAAAGUAUAUAGAUAGUAAAUAAUAUAAUUCUAAAUGUAUUUUUGUAUUUUUUUUUAUUUUAUUUUUUACAUAACUAUGGUAUUUUAUUUAUAUAAUGGGGGCUUUGCCUUACAUCUCAGGCAGUCCCCCUGCAGGCAAUCUUACAAUCUGGCAGAUCUGAGUAAUGUGAUCAUGGUGAUAUCCUGAUUCCAUUGCUCAAAUUAGCUACAGGGGGACUGCCUCGGUUGUCAUGUAGUCCUCCCGAUCCGGAUCCGGCAGGGAAAGUAAGUAUCCAGGCUGCAGGGAGGUCCUGAUCAUUAGAUGUGCUAUGCCGCCCAAAUGGCGUUAAAGCAAUCCUUUUGAUUUUUUUAUUGGACGCUGUGCUAGUCACCGCCAGAUGAAGUAUGGGUAGGGUACGAUAAACAGAAACAAAAGUGAGGUAACUCCUAAAUGGUAGAGCAUUGAGGAGUGACACUGCAGGUGAGCGAUCUCAUAGCUGCUUCAUUAAUCUAAAUUUGUUUUUGUUUUAGAAUACCCCUUUAAAUUUCCCAAACGUGGUUGAAUUUCUGUUACAAUUGAAUGAUAUAUAUGUUGGUCUGUAUGGCCUGCAGGGGUGGUGAUAGUUUGCAUGACAACCUUAUGUAAAAAGCAUUGUUGUGGCAUAAGCGUGACAGAACCUGCACCAUUUAUGUCUGAAAUAAACACUCCAAUAUGCACAGCAGUUGCCAGUGUAGUAGAUACAUCUGUCACAGGCCUAUUCAAAAAUGUAAAAAGAGCACAUUUAUGUCUGGCACGAUUUUUCCUAUCAUAGCAGUCCUUGGGACAUACUUUGAAAUGUCUUUGUCUGAUUAAAGUCGAGGGGGGGUUGCUUAACAUGUAUUUGUCACGUUAGGUACAGAUUCACAAAAAAGAAAAGUACAUUAAAGGGCCAAUAUAGUCACCAAAACAAAACUGUAGCUUAAUGAAGCAGUGUUGGUGUAGAGAUCAUGCCCUGCAGUCUCACUGCUCAAUUCUCUACCAUUUAGGAGUUAAAUCACUUUGUUUAUACAGCCUUAGGCACAUCUCCUUGCAUGUAACUUGUCCAGCCUUCCUAAACUCUUCUUGGCGCUGAUGCACUGGCAAUGAGGUGAACAUCCGCAUUAUGGAGUUGGGUUGUCAUGCUUGAAGUGACUCACAGCAAGGUCAACCGCACUUAGGCGUUGAGAUGUAGGCAAGGCUGGCACGUGGGAGUUACAUUAGUAGAACACCCACAGACUGAAUUGUUGGAGAAAAGGUGAGAAUUAAUUAAGCCAUAAAAUAUAUAAUUUAUCAUGACUGCAUAAUGUGUUGUUAGAACUUAAUGUUAAUCGGUUAUGACAGAUUCACUUAAAAUAUAUAUUAAGCCAGUGCUCUUUUAUUUAUGUGUUUAAUGAGAGUUUUCUAUUUUAUAUAUUUUUUCCUCUUCAAUUGUUUAAAUUUGCUAUGGCAACACAUUUAUAUCAAUUUCCUCUCUCAGAACAGUCUCUUAUCAUUUGUUCUUGAGAGAUCCUUCACCCAACAGCCUCAUCCUAACCCUCCUCAACUAAGAAGGGACCUGAAUUCUCAUAACCUCCAGCAACUCUCAGCUGAUCUCCAUUCCAAACUCUCAUUCAUCCCUACCUUCUCCUGUUCGUCUCUUGCUAUCUCCUCAUAUAAUGCUAUCUUCACAUGUGCCCUGGACGCUGCAGCCCCGCUUGAAACAUGCACCUCAAAGAAGACACUCCUCCAACCUUGGCACACGAAGUCGACCAGCUAUCUGCAGAAAUGCUCCUGUUCAUCUGAACGCUGCUGGAGGAAGUCCCGCACCUUGUCAGACUUCCUCCAUUAUAAAUUCAUAUUGUAUUCAUACAGCACAGCCCUCACACUUGCUAAACAAUCCUGCUUUUCCUCUCUCAUUAGUUCAUGCUCACGCAAUCCCAGGCGUCUCUUUAAUACCUUCACCUCUCCUUCACCCACCUCAAGCCACCCCCCAAACUAACCUUUCAGCCUUUACCAACUUUACCGACAAGAUUGAACAGCUAAGGAAAGAAUUCUCCCCCUUUGCUCCUCCCUCUAGCAACCACACCUGGACCGUACCAUCCAUUCCCUACAGGCCUUCUCAUCAGCUACAGAACAGGAGGUGGCUGUGCCUCUUCUCUCCUCUUGUCCCCCCACCUGUCCGCUUGAUCCAGUACCUUCCCACCUUAUCAGAUCUCUCUCCCCUUGUCUUGUACCAUCCUUAACAUACAUCCUAAACUGCUCUCUUUCAUCUGGUGUUGUCCCUGCUUCCUUUAAGCAUGCUACGGUCGUACCUGUUCUAAAAAAGCCAUCCCUAGACUCGUCUUACCCUUUCAACUAUCGUCCCAUAUCAGUGCUUCCUUUUUCCUCAAAGCUUCCAGAAAAGACUUGUCUUUACUCGUAUGACUCACUUCCUAAAUUCCAACUCCCUCCUCGAUCCUCUUCAAUCUAGCUUUCGCCCCCUCCACUCCACUGAGACUGCUCUUAUUAAAGUUACAAAUUACCUAAUCACAGCUAAAUCCAAAGGCCACUACUCCAUACUAAUUCAUCUUGACCUCUCUGCCACCUUUGACACUGUUGAUCAUGUCCUCCUUCUCCAAACUCUUUAAUCCUUCGGUCUCUCCCAACGGUCGUUCAGUGUCUCCUUUUGCAAUGACACCUCCUCCUCUCGCCCUGUCUCAGUUGGAGUCCCCCAAGGAUCUGUUCUUCUGUUCUCUCUUUAUACUGUCUUUGAAUUCCGCUACCAUCUGUAUGCCGACAACACCCAGAUAUAUCUCUCCUCCCCUGAUCUCUCCCCCAUGGUCCUACAACAUGUCACUGCUUACCUUUCUUCAAUCUCUGAUUGGAUGUAGUCCUGCUUUCUAAAACUCAAUCUCUCUAAAACUGAGCUUUUAUUUCCCCCCCUCAUAAUGCUGAUCCUCCUCCUUCGCUUUCCCUGCAAGUUGAUGGUACUUGCAUCAGUCUUUGAUCCUGGCCUCACCUUUGUGCCUCAUAUCCAGAAUGUUGCUAAAACCUGUCGAUUCCACCUUGAAAAUAUCACCGCAUCCGCCCCUUUGUCACGCAAGCUCUGGUAAUCUCUCGCAUGGAUUACUGUAGUUCUCCCCAGAAGCCGAACUGCCCCUCUACAAUUAGCAAUGAAUGCUGCUGCCAGGUUGAUCUUUCUCACUCAUUGCUCCUCCCAUACCUCACCCCUCUAUCGAUCCUUACACUGGCUUCCUGUAUCCUAUAGGUGUCAAUUCAAAAUACUAACUCUUACCUAUAAAGCUCUAGCCACUCUUACAUUUCUUCACUGAUUUAAAGAUAUGCCCCUUCUCUGUCUCUCUGCUCUUCCGGUGGCCUAACUCGCGCUUGCAGGAAUUCACACGAAUGGCUCCCUUCCUACCUCAGCAGACUCUCCCCUAGUCUUCAAUUGUUUAAAAAGUCACUCAAAACACAUCUGUUCAGAAAUGCUUAUGGACUCCCAGAGGAACUAUACCUAUCCAUAUCUGUCUCUUGCUCUCCUAAACUGCCACACUACACUCUCUCCUCUAGUUCUGCUACUUUUCCAUCUUGUUUGGUGGCUGUCACCCUUGCUGCCCUGUUGUGUAUUUGUACCCCACCUCCUCUAGACCGUAAGCUCAUUUGAGCAGGGCCCUCAUAUACUUAUUGUUCCUGUGUCACUGUGUAAUUGUUUAAUUUAUUGUAAAUUCUCCACCCUUUCAUAAUAUUGUAAAGCGCUGCAGAAUUAAUCGGCGCUAUGUAAAUACCAAUCAUGAUAAUAAUUGAUUGAAGUUUGAUAAUGCUGUAAAGUUAAUACUGCUAUGUACAUCUAUGUAGUAGAAGCAUCUAUGUGCUAAUAAUGUGUAACUCAAUAUGAAAUACUUAUGUCAGGACCACUGCGUGUCUACUUUCUGCUUGUCAAGACCCCAUAAACGCCUUAUUUCUCUCCUUAAAUAUUAUGUUUAACUGACUGUGUCUUACAGGCCACCAUCUCUCACAGCUGCCCUUAUAUUUCUCUUCCUUAUUCUCUCCCGUCCCUGUCCUAUUUCACGCCCCCAUAGUCACAGUCUCUUUCUCAACCCUCCAUUUCACAUGGCUUCAUAACUUUGUUGGUAUUUCAUUACUCCCAUUUCCUCAAAUGAUGGAGAGAGAAUGGGAGCAUUUCCAGGGAACUUCCCAGGGCAGGUUCUAAAAUGUGUGUUGCAGUUGCUAUGGUUGUAAACCUUUGAGCAUGGUCUGUGGUUUAUCAUAAACUAUUAAAAUACUGUCAGGCUCUUGUCAUUCAUCAAUGUCAUUGUCCAAUCAGAUUGCUGCAUAUACAUGCACAUAACAAAAACCUGAAUAUUCUGUAAUCUAAAUUAUAUAAUCAUACUAGUCCAUCCCUUCUUAUUUGUAGCGUGCUAAGCAAACAAGUCUCUCUUCCUUGUAGGCAUAGUCCUUCUCUACCUGCAGCUGUACCGUGUCACUCAGGAGGAAUCCCAUCUUCAGCGGUCACUGGACUACGUGAAAAGGAUACUACGGAACCUGAAUGGCAGAAAAGUCAGCUUUCUUUGUGGUGAUGCUGGACCCCUCGCUGUGGGAGCAGUCGUACAUCACAAACUGCAAAACCAGGCUGAAGCAAAUGAUUGCAUCACAAAGUAAGAACAAAUUUAACAUCCCAAUGAAGCAUACAGGAAGUUUAUUCAAUAAAGGGAGAAAUCAAUUUCAAAUUUAAAGCCAGACGGCCAAACUGGAAAAUUCUCUAAGCUGUGCUUCUUUUUUGGCUACUUUGAUCAAAAAUUAGAAAUUUACUUUGAAUUCUCACUUUAUUGAAUAAACCUGUUAUUAAAUGGAUACUAUGGGCAUCAAAACAACUUUAGCUUAAUGAAGCAGUUUUUGUAUAGAUCAUGCCACUGGAGUCUCACUGCCCAAUUCUCAGCCGUUUAGGAGUUAAGUCACUUAUAUGUAUUUUUAUGCAAACCUAGCCACACCUCCAACUGCUGUGACUGACACAGCCUGUAUUGAAAAAAAAUCGUUUCAUUUUCAAACAGAUGUAAACUGGCUUUAGAAGUUUUUAUCUUGUGCUCUGUAAAUUUAACUUUAAUCACAUGCAGGAGGCUCCAGAAGGCUAUUAAAGGGAUGGCUAUAGGCACCCAGACCACUACAUCUCCCUGCUCUCUUAAGCAUGCAAUGUAAAACAUUACAGUUUUAGAGAAACUGCAAUGUUUAUAUUGCAGUAUUAAGACUGCCUCUAGUGGCUGUCUACCAUGAAAUGACGCUGGAUUUCUUCACACUUAGCUUGAGAACAUCCAUUGUCAAGCAAAGCCCCAUAUGAAAGCAAUGACUCAAAAUUUUCCUAUGGGGAAUGCCUAAUGCGUGCAUAGCGUUCUCUGCGCAUUAGGUUCCCCACAGCGACUGAUGGCGGAGGAGGAGAAGCGUGACCUGGUGCCGAGGGACUCCUAAAUGGCAGAGAAUUGUGCAGUAAGACUGCAGGGGCAUAUUCUAAACACCUAAAUUGUUUCAUUAAGCCAAAGCUCAUCAGGUCAGAAUAUCUGCAGGCAAAUGUUACUUAUGAAGAUGGGUCUUUAAUAAUGUGGAUAACCAAUUUAUAAGAGUCAGUAGGACCACCAUUAUGCAGCCUAGUUGUAUUUACUUUCUAAAAGCAAAAGGCUGCACUCUGUCUUAUGAUAUCUGCAGUAUCAAUAACUGUUUAGUUGUUUAUAUAAUUCUGUCCAUCUCAUUCAUUUGUUCUACUAAAACCAGAAUGAAUAUGCAUCACUCCUGGCCUAUAUCCAAACACUUUAUAAAUCUAUAUUAAUAAAUGUUACUUCCUCUGGUACAUUUUUGGCAUACUACACAGGCAAUAAAUGGUUCACAAGUGGCACAGGCAAUAAUUUAUCAUUACUGCCAGUCUCUUUUCUUAGUGGAUAGUUCAUUUAUUUAUUUUUUAUUUUUUUAUCUUGGACAAUUUCUUGUUUCAUCAAUGGAUAUUAUGCCUCAGAAACUGAUGCCAGAUUAAACCCAAUGCCGUUCUUGCUUAUGUCAUAGUAACUUAGUAAUAUUGAUUUUCAUAAACAGUAUUUGUCAUGGUUGAUCUGUAAACACAACUUGAUUACUAAGGGCAACACACAUCUCCACAGCUCCCUUACACACGCCCAUGCACAGAAUUCUUACACACACUCCUGCACAGAUUCUUUGCACAUACCCCAGCACAGAUUCCUUACACACUCCCUUGCAUGGAUUCCUUAUACACACCCCUGCAUGGAUUCCUUACACACACCCCUGCACAGAUUCCUUACACACACCCCUGCACAGAUUCCUUACACACACCCCUGCACGGAUUCCUUACACACACCCCUGCACGGAUUCCUUACACACACACACCCCUGCACGGAUUCCUUACACACACACACACCUUUGCACGGAUUCCUUACACACACACACACACACACACACACACACACCCCUGUACAGAUUCCUUACACACACACACACACCCCUGCACAGAUUCCUUACACACACACACACCCCUGCACGGAUUCCUUACACACACACACACCCCUGCACGGAUUCCUUACACACACACACUUGCACGGAUUCCUUACACACAUACACUUGCACGGAUUCCUUACACACAUACACUUGCACGGAUUCCUUACACACACCCCUGCACGGAUUCCUUACACACACCCCUGCACGGAUUCCUUACACACAGCCCUGCACGGAUUCCUUACACACAGCCCUGCACGGAUUCCUUACACACAGCCCUGCAUGGAUUCCUUACACACAGCCCUGCAUGGAUUCCUUACACACAGCCCUGCAUGGAUUCCUUACACACAGCCCUGCACGGAUUCCUUACACACAGCCCUGCACGGAUUCCUUACACACAGCCCUGCACGAAUUCCUUACACACACCCCUGCAUGGAUUCCUUACACAGGCCCCUGCACAGAUUCAUUACAUACACCCCUGCACAGAUUACUUGCACACACCCCUGCACAGAUUCUUUACACACAAACCUGCACAGAUUCCUUACACACACCCCUGCACGGAUUCCUUGCACACAACCCACCACAGCUCCCUCACACACCCCUCCACAGAUUCCGUACACACACCCCUCCACAGAUUCCUUACACACACCCCUGCAUAGAUUCCUUACACACACCCCUGCACAGAUUCCUUGCACAUACAAUUACACACAUCCAUUCAUAUUCCCCCUCCACAUCUCUCUUAAACUCCCCUGCACACACCAUCUCCACUGCUUCUAAUACCUCCUCCACGUUCAUCAGCUCCACAUCUGCUACAAGCAAAGGAAGAAGAGGCUCAGUAACAGCUCCUAUACUGAUGGGACAAGCCUCAUCUCUAAAGUCCUGGCAUGUGAUUUCCUCAGCCCACAGAAUAUUUUGCCUGACUAUGUAGUGCGUGAAAUCAGUAAAUCAGCACUACCGUAUCCUACCUGUUUGGUGGCUGGAAAGCGACUCGCGACUAGUAAUUUACAUAAACUAAAAGAAGACCUGGGAAUGACCCCGGAAUGGACUCUUGAACAGCCCUCCGUGCUUUACAAUUCCAAGGUUUAAAUGCCUCUAGCAACUGUUUCUCACACAUCCACAAGAGACACUUCUGUUCAAAUAGCUAAUUGAAACUUGCCCAUUUCGAUCAGAUGGCCUCAUAGAGAACAUCUGAUUGGUGCACUACCCUCCCAAUGCUUUUCUAUGGGAGGACAUUGAAUUGGCUGAGAUCAUCAAUCUUGACAAAAAAAAAACUCACAUGACCAUACAAUCCAGACUGGUCAUAUAAGAUUAUGAAAGUCUAGGGUGCAGCACAAAGGACUGGCUAGAAAACACAAAGAAUAAAUAAAUUCUGUUGCACACCCGUAGAGUACAAAAUAUAAUCUUUAUUGCGUAAAAACAAAAUAAGCUUUUAAUAAAUUCACAGAAAGUAGGCACAUCAUAAUGCAGUGUAGUGUAUUGCAAAACAUAAAAUUGCCUGUGUACAUAGAUAGACACUUAUCAAAAGUGGACUUCCUUAUUAUGGCUAUACUGCAAGUUCUUUGCCAUACCAGAGUAUACAUUUACCCUACAAGGUUUAAUAAAAUGCUUCUUCUGGGCACAAUACCCUAUCCUGUUUUUAUAGCAAUUGCAUUUUGCUUCAUUAUUUAUUUUGAAGUGUUACAUAGUAUUAAAUUUUUUCUGUUACCCACUAACUUCCUAGCAAAAGUAGUUUUAACAGUGGCCACUGUCUACUAAACUAAUGUGUGUGUGUGUGUAUAACACGCAACUGGUCUUUCUUUUUUGUUUUGUUUUCUACAUUGUUGGACUCUCCUGCUUUGGGGUGUCUGCUUAGUGUACAUGCCGGAAAUGCACAGUCCAUAUUUUAUUGUAUAAACUACUGCAAUAAAAAAAAAAAACACAAGAAAAUUGCAUGGUGAAAAUGAAGAUAAUCUUUUAGUCAAAUAGUUUGACGAAUUAUGGUAAAGGAGUGGUAGCUUGAUUUAGUUUCUCCCUUUGCCUAUGCUUUCCAAAAAUCAAGUUCCACAUUAGAAAAAAAAAAACUGUCCCUACUUUUCCAAAGCUAUAAAAUAAAAUUUAAAAAGUAAGUUUGUGGGGAUGCUGAGGAACAAAAACAUUUAAGGGGAAAGUAAAAAAAUAAAAUGUGACAGUCCCUUUAACCUCCCAUUCUAUACAUGGAGUUCAAAUGUUGAAGUAGUUAGAGAUAUAUAGGGCUUUAAUGAUAUAUAUGAUUAUGUAGAAUCUUUAAUUAUGUCUUUUUGCAUUAGUACUUUGUUUAUUGUGUUGAUUAGGAUUCUUAAUGUGUUCAUUUUCCCAAUGGUGUGUAAAUGGAAAUGUGGUUAGUUUGGUGGAGAGCAUGUUUGCUGCAUAAUGUGCAGAUUUUGUAACCGCAAAGCCAGAUACAUUCAAACCCAGGGUAGAAAUAUAUAUUGCUUGAUAUUUCGCCAAGUCUUCAUGAGCUCACUGCAAUGAGAUAUAGAAGAUGCUAAAAUUAAAGGAUGAUGGAGUCCCACGAGGAGGAGACAUUUCAAAACACUGCAUUUAAAUUCUUGUUUGCCAAGACUUGCACCAUUUGCAGGGAAUUGUAAUUUAAACAUCAAAGUCAGCAGAAACCACGAACCAGCCAAAUCCUAAUUCAAAUACGCUUUUCGCUUUUUUCUUUGCAAGCAGUUUUCCAGGUUUUCUGUUAUAUUAUGGAGGAGAGAUUUGUGUCAUAUGUUUACGUGAUUUCAUUCUUCAAUAAAAUGAGUGAGCAUGGAGUUGGGUAAUAGUGACAUCAAUAAUUCCAGAUUCCAACUUAAUAACUAGAGAAUCAUUUACUAUCUUUAGUUAGAUUAAAAUAUCUGUAUUCCUAAUGCUAUUGUAUCAGUGUCACUACCUAUUUCUAAGCCCCCCCCUCCACUCACGCACAGCAAAAAUACUAAAAAUAGUUCUACUUAUCUUUUUUUCAGCAACAAAUUUCCGUUGGUGCUGCCACAAGCUCCACCUCACUUGAUGAGAGGAUGACGGUCCAAUCCAAGGCUCCUUUUAGAGGAGCACUGGGAGCAUAGGUGUAUGUGGAGUGCUCUCCACGAUUUGCCAAUUUUUCUGUCAUAGAGCAUCAUUGCAUGCAGUGAUGCAAUAAUGCUCGAUGACUGAUCGUGAUGGCACUGCUCAUUCGCGCACUACGUCACGUUAUGCCUAGGUAUAAGAUUCGGGAAGUAACACUCCCUGCUCUCCUAUCCAGAGGACUUGGAGGUGUGGUUUGAAGCCGUACUUCCAAGCCUUCUAACUAUUAAAAGAAAGCCAUUUGGGGCCACUUAGAAGGGAGAAACUACUGUAGGCACUAUAACAACUUCAAUAAGAUGAUGUUCUUAUAGGGGGUACAGUGUUACUUACUUUUACAAUUAGUUGUACUUGUACAAUUAGAAGAUAGGUCAGUCUAAUCUUCUGUAAUUUAGAAAUUGUAGAGACAAGUUUUGGAUAUUUCUCAUUGACUUUACUGUUUGGACAUUGCAUGGUUUUAUUUUAUUUUUUGAUGAAAAAUUCCCUAUACAUUUUGGUACCACUGCAGUGGUCAUUAGUGGCUAAUGCAGUGUUACCAAAAGACUCUGUUAAACCUCUAGACUAUACGUUCGUUUGAGCAUGGUCCUCAUCAACCUAUUGUUCCUGUAACACUUCAUAAUCGUCGCAUUUAUUGUUAAAUUUCCCUCCUUUUUCUAAUAUUGUAAAGUGCUGCGGAAUAAGUUGGCGCUAUAUAAAUGCAAAAAAUGAAAUAAAAUUUUAAUGUAUUUAUAGGUAAGGGAAAUUUGCUGAGAGAGCCUGUCAGAGGCAGACAGCUACAGGAGCCAGACGCAACACUGUUUAUUUUCAAACCACUCCUAAACAGUUUGACUGACAUUCAGGGGACUGCAUCCCUAGACUUCAUCUAUCAUGUAGUAUUUGAGAUUGUCUAUCCUUUGCUUCACUCCUUUCACAUCUUUUUGUAUUUUCUCACUCAGGCUACUGCAGUUGCAGAAAGGAGUGAUCAGCACAGAUUCGGAGCUCCCAGAUGAGUUACUCUAUGGUAGAGCAGGUUACCUCUACGCACUUCUCUAUGUAAACACCGAGAUUGGCCCAGACACUGUACCCCAGGCUACAAUUAAAGAGGUUAGUCCUAAACUUCUUUCUGUGUUUCUCAAACUUACUUAGACUGCCAGACCUGUGGAUACAGUCCCAUUAGAACGCUCAAGUUAAUUAUAUACAACUGGGCUGUAUUUCAAAUCUACAGCUACAGAAUUUAAUAUAAAAUAUAACUAAAGGUCACAUCAGUUUCAAGAAUAAGUGCUUUUUUGCAGUUGAAGAAAUUGUGCCUGUGCAAUAAUCAUGUUCCCUUGUACGCAGUAAUUACUUAGUCUGUGACAGCUGCUUUAUAGACUCCUGGCACAUGGCCCAUUACUAAGCAUCAUACCAUACUGUUACUGUAAAAGGAUUUAGAGAGUUUUGUGUCCUUGUAAUACGUUCAGGAUAAACCACAGGUCAGAUCUGUCUCAAUAACUUGGGGUUUGCCUUAUCCUGGUCCUGAAGCAGUUAAAAGAUUAGCACAUCGAUCAAAUGGUUUUGAAGCUGUACUGCUUCAGAACAAAAUAGGUAAUUUAUAUGCAUAUAUUCAUUUUAAAAUUCUGUAUACUUGCAAUGAUGUAUUCUAUCUGAGCUUCUCAUAUCUGUUAUGAAUAUGCUGUAGAUCAAUGAUCUCAGCCAGUGUAAUGCUUUCCCGUAGGAAAGCUUUGGGAGGCUAGUGCACAUGUUUGGCUAAACACCGCACUGUUCCAAUUAGGUGGUCUCUCUGAGACCAUCUUAAUUGAAAUAGACAAAUUUGAUUCUGCUAUUUUGGUGGAAGCACCUCUAGAGAUGUAUUCUGCAGAACGGCAAUGCUUUACACUGCAGGGUUAAAGAGGGUUGGGGGGGGACAUGGCACCCAGACCACUUCAUUGCGUUGAAGUGGUCUGAGGGCCUAUGGUGUUCCUUUAAGGUGGUUUUAUAAGAGAGCCUGAAGGCAAUUUUAGACUGCCCUCUUUAACAAUGGGAAAUAUAAAGUGCCAAGAGUGAUGAAUCCAAAGUUUUACUGCACUACACCCCCACUGGCAUUUUUAUGGACCUGAUAAUAUCACAUAUCCUUGUGGUAGGCCCCUGUGCCCUGUAUUCAUUUCAUUUAUGAAGUCCAUCACCAUGCCGUAGGUGGGUUUUCAGUUUUUGGAACAUAAUUAAGACACAAACUCAUAACUUUCCACUGCAGUCAAGACGACACAGUAAAUAAAUCUGCUCAGUUUAUCAAGCAAAUUAAUUUCAGGGAUUGGCAGUAUCACUGUUUCUUAAUCAGUAUUAAUAUUUAGGAGUAGUAUGGGGGUAGUAUGGGAGUAGAAGAUUUCAAGUCCACAAAUAGACCUGAUAACCACAAGGCACAACAUUAAACUGCCUCUAUUGAGGUCAGAAGUCCUCAAUGCAGUCUCAGUCCUUUAGCGCGGGGAAAGCGUUAACUUCCAUUCCAUAUCUCUGACUCCCAGAGUACUAAGGAAAAUUCAGAUAGAGCAAGCAUCUUUUGGUUUUCAGUUCUUGUAUAGCUAGAAGAUCUUGGAAACUUUCUCUCCAUGAAGACAUUUAGUAAAAUUCCAAUCAGAAGGAUUUUCAUUUAACAGAAUGGAAUGUGAAAUAGAAAUUCUAAGAUUUUGGGGUGCAAAUAAAGAAAAUAUAGACGUAUUCUUUCAUUCUAGAAAGUCUUAAGCUGGGGAAGUUUAUUUUCAAGAUUCUCAGCAUUAUGUUUUAAAAUAAGUUUCUUUCUCCCUCUGGUAAUAUUCCAUUACAUUGAAAACUCCCAGUCACCAGUGUCAUAGCCUAGCCAAAUUGGCAGCUCUAUUUUAUCUAUAUUAUAGUGGCCUGCCAAAAGACUCCAUUUUAAAAUGAACAUUGAUGUCAUUCUGUGCUUCCAGCCUGAUCUGCUGAAAAGUGGUCAUAAUGGAACAGUCCCAAUCUCCAUAACAACUACAGUGUAUUGUAAUGGUUAUGGUGUUGUGAAUAUCCUGGCACCCACCCAUUGUCACUAGUGACAUAAUUCUAUCUUGGGUCCAACUCAUUUUAGUCUGUUUAUAAUCGAUCUUGAGAUAGCAUUGAAAAUCCUUUGUCGGUGUUUGCAGAUGGCACAAAACUAAGUAAGAUAAUACAGUCUGAACAUGAUAUCACUUCUCUAAAGAGAGAUUUGGAUAAAUUGGGGGACUGGGCAGGAAAGUGGCAGUUAAUGCAGAGUCAUGUAUUUUGGAACAAAGAACCCACAAGCUACAUCAAAUGGGGUUGAGUUAGGGAUAACAUUAAAGCAACACUAUAGGUUGAGGAACACAAACAUAUUCCUGACCCUUUAGUGUUUAAAACACUCUCUAGCCUCCGUUGCCCCCCAAAAUAUAGUAAAAUCUUACCUUUAUUCCAGUCUGCUGGUGCAGGCCCUGCCCCUGAUCUUCUUCCUUGGCUGACAUAAUCAGAAAUGAUUAUCUCAGCCAGUCACAAUGCUUUCCCAUAGGAAAGCAUUGGAUUGGCUAAGUUUGUAAAUUCUGAUGAUCUCUGCCAAUGAGAUGGACCAGGGGGCUGAGUCAAACGCUGUCCUGGCUGAUCAGCAUCUCUUCAUAAAGAAUUAUUGAAUCAAGGCAUCUCUAUGAGGAAAUCUUACUGUCUCCAUGCAGAGGGUUGAGACACUGAAUGUCCAUCACUGCCCCAGGAAGCACCUCUAGUAGCCAUCUGAGGCAGUGUUUACUGCAAAGCAUGCAGGGACUGACUAUACUCACCAGAACAAAUACAUUAAGCGGUAGUUGUUCUGGUGACUAUAGUGUCGCUUUAAGUGUAAAGGACUUGGGAACAAGUAUAGAUAACAUACAAUAAAGCCAAAGAAAAAAGUUACUUGCCCAGUAUUCCAAAUCCCAGUGCAUAUUUAUAAAAAUUUUGGUUUUUAGUUCUACUCCAAUGGCCAUUAGAUGUAACCCCACCUGUCACAUCAAGGCAAAACUCUUAUGUUGGUCUUACACUAACAACUCACCUUGCUUGCUUCAGCUUAAGACAAAAGAAAAUCUCUAAUGAGACAGAGGGGUAUUAAUUUUUUUUAUUUUAUUUUUUAAACCACUACUUACUUAUUAACCCCUUAAAACCGGAGGGCGUACUAUAACGCCCUAUUCUAAGCGGCUCUAAACACCGCAGGGCAUAAUAGUACGCCCUCCUUUUUUUUUUUUUUUUUACUUACCCGGUCGCCGGCGAUUCCACACCGGCGGUUGGGGAGACUCACCUGGGAUCCCAGGGAGUCCCCCCGCGGCGGAUCCUGCCUCCUCCUCUUCCUCCUCCUUGCGAUGACCUCACAAUCACAUGGCCGGGUUAGCUGGCUGCUGCAUUGCCAGCAGGGGGACUGCCUGUAAUGACAGUUAGUCCCCCUGCUGGCUGGAAAUCAAAUAAAAUUAAAUUAAAAUCAGUGUAAAAAAAAUAAAAAAAUAAAAAUAUAUAUAUAUAUAUAUAUACAUGCUAAGUAUAUUAUUUCUUUUAUUUUUAAUUUAUAUAUAUAUGCUAAGUAUAUUAUUUCUUUUAUUUUUAAUUUAUAUAUAUAUAUGAUCUAAGUGUAUAUAUAUAUAUAUAUAUAUAUACACAUACAUAUAUAUGCUAAGUAUAUUAUUUCUUUUAUUUUUAAUUUAUAUAUAUAUAUAUAUAUAUAUAUAUAUAUAUGCUAAGUAUAUUAUUUCUUUUAUUUUUAAUUUAUAUAUAUAUAUAUAUAUAUGCUAAGUAUAUUAUUUCUUUUAUUUUUAAUUUAUAUAUAUAUAUAUGAUCUAAGUAUAUAUAUAUAUAUAUAUAUAUAUAUAUAUAUACAUACACACACAUACAUAUAUAUGCUAAGUAUAUUAUUUCUUUUAUUUUUAAUUUAUAUAUAUAUAUGUAUAUGUAUAUAUAUAUGCUAAGUAUAUUAUUUCUUUUAUUUUUAAUUUAUAUAUAUGUAUAUAUAUAUGCUAAGUAUAUUAUUUCUUUUAUUUUUAAUUUAUAUAUAUAUAUGAUCUAAGUGUAUGUGUGUGUAUAUAUAUAUAUAUAUAUAUAUAUAUAUAUAUAUAUAUAUAUAUAUAUAUAUAUAUAUAUAUAUAUAUAUAUAUAUAUAUUAAUAUCAAAUUACACGUUGACUGAUACUGAUUAAAUAUAUAUAAUUAUUGUUAUACAUUUAUAUAUAAUAUAAAAAAAUGUAAAUCCGUAAAAAAAUUUAAUUACAAAAAUAAUUUAAAAAUAUUUAGAUGUGUGUUAUUUCGUUCUAACUGUAUUGUGAUAUUAAUAUAUAUAUAUUUAUAUAAAAAUACACGUAGAACGAAAUAAUAUAUAUAUCUAUAUACACAUAUAUAUAUACCUAUAUAAACAAAAAUAUUUUAAAAAAAUUAUAUAUAUAUAUAUAUAUGCAUAUACAUAUAUUAAUUCUACAUAUAUAUUUAUGUAAUAUUUUUACAUAAUUAGAUAUUUUAAUUAAUUACAAUUAGCGGGACCUGCCUGACAACCCAUGCCGAAAGUAUAGGGAAUUUAAUUUGCUAGCACUAUAUUUAACCCUAUAACUUUCCAAGACACCAUAAAACCUGUACAUGGGGGGGUACUGUUUUACUCGGGAGACUUCGCUGAACACAAAUAUUAGUGUUUCAAAACAGUAAAAUGUAUUACAAUGAUGAUAUCGCCAGUAAAAGUGAAGUUUUUUGCAUUUUUCACGCACAAACAGCACUUACACGGACGAUAUUAUUGCUGCGAUACUUUUUACUGUUUUGAAACACAGAUUUUGUGUUCAGCGAAGUCUCCCGAGUACAACAGUACCCCUCAUGUACAGGUUUUAUGGUGUUUCCAAAAGUUACAGCAUCAAAUAUAAGGCUUAUGUUUCAUUUUUUUCACAUUAAAAUUCACCAGAUUGGUUACGUUGCCUUUGAGACCCUAUGGUAGCCCAAGAAUGAAAAUUACCCCUAUGAUGGCAUACCAUUUGCAAUAGUAGACAACCCAAGGUAUUGCAAACGGGGUAUGUCCAGUCUUUUAUAGUAGCCACUUAGUCACAAACACUGGCCAAAAUUGGCUUUUUUUGCAUUUUUCACACACAAAUACUAAUGCUAACUUUGUGACCAAAUGGCUACUAAAAAAGACUGGACAUACCCCAUUUGCAAUACCUUGGGUUGUCUACUAUUGCAAAUGGUAUGCCAUUAUGGGUGUAAAUUUCAUUCCCGGGCUACUAUACAGUCUCAAAGGCAAUGUAACCAAUCUGGCGAAUUUCAAUUUCAAAUGUAACGUGCUAUAUUUGACCCUGUAACUUCCCAAAACGCCAUAAAACCUGUACAUAGGGGGUACUGUUUUACAAUUGAGACUUUGCUGAAUACAAAUAUGUGUAUUUUAUUGCAGUAAAAGCAAACCGUAUUAUGACAUUUACAGUUAAAAUGUCAUGUAGAACUAAAAAAAUAACAUUUCUUUUUUUCUCCCAUUUUUUCAUACUAAAUUAUGUUUCAUACCUAAAUAUUUGAUAUUAAAUGAAAGCCCUGUUUCCCCUGAAUAAAAUGAUAUAUAAUAAGGGUGGGUGCAUUUAAUAUGAAAGAGGUGAAUUACGGUUGGACAGACAUGUAGCGCAAAUGCCUGAUUUUGUUUACACGUGUACAUUUGGCUCAGUCCUUAAGGGGUUAACCCUUAAUAGGGAACACAUGUGAUUGGCGGCAUCCCUGGUAAAUACAAAUACACAAAAAUAAGUAAUGCGCUCAAACUCCCAUUACUCCUAUUUCAGCUUUACUUGCCAUGUUUCUUUGGUUUUAUUAUAUGUAUUGUGGCUCAUGUGUACUAUGAAUAUUGCUGCUGCCCAUGAGUAGUGGGAGUUUGAGCGCAGGACUUAUUUUUGCGUAUAAGCAUAGAUCACAAACUAUGCAACACUGUGCAAUGCCGAUCUGCCAUUGCCAAAGCUAGUAAGGUGCUCUCGUGUAUAAAGAUUUAUUUCUUACCAUGAUCAAAAUACCCACACCUUGAAUAGUGGUGCAAAUUUGGCCGUAGUUUUAAAGAAUAAUAUUGCAGAUCUAGAAAAAGUGCAGAGAUGAGGUGCAAAAUUAAAAGGAGAGAUGGGAAACAUUAGUUAUGAAGAAAGGCUAGAAAAACUGCAUUUGUUUUCUUUAGAAAAAAGGCACCUCGAAGGGGAUGUGAUAGAUCUAUAUACAAAUAUAUACAGGGUGCUAACCUAUUCUUUAGCAAUACCCAAAAGACAAGAGUCCUUACAACAUUCUGUGUAGUGAUUAUGGUGCUUAGAUUGCUUAUUAAAGUGUUAAACUGCAUGUGUCUGCAAUGUGUGCAGCAGCCUAUUUAACAGCAGGAUUAUAUCUGCGUGUCUGCUGCAGAAAUAUGUACUCAUACAUACAUUUUUAUUUUAAUUUUUUUAGCAUUUUUCAUUUAAUGGAAGUUGCAUCACGUGUGCAUGAAGGAUGCGCUUUAGACUGAUAGUGUUUGUGUGCUAAGACCAGUUGGUGUUUAUUUGCUGCCAAAUUCAGCAUUCCGCUCUGAUUUUAGACUUUAUUCUUUUCACAGUUAGGCUGAUGUAUUUAGUUUUGCUUCUAUCCAUGCUCCAGGUCACGGAUGCCAUUAUCGAAUCUGGGAAAAACUUGUCAAAAGAAGAGCACAAGACUGAGCGCUGCCCCCUGCUGUAUCAGUGGCACAAAAAAUAUUAUGUCGGAGCAGCACAUGGCUUAGCAGGGAUUUACUUCAUGCUAAUGCAGGUAAGUAGAUGUAGACACGCAAUGUAAAAUGUGAGAAUCUGUGUCUAUGGGCAUUCGAGGGUGCUAUAUGACAUAGACCGUUUGAGUAAAUAAUAUAAACUGUGACAAAAGCAAACCGGGACACUUCUAUUCAGUAUUAGUUUAAUCUUGUUAAUAGAAAAAAAUGUAUAUAUUACUAGAUUAUAAAAAACAAAACAGUAAGUAAGAGAACAAGGAAAAAAUGUUUUACAAAUCUGUUUAGCUUGUCCUUCAUUUAGUCCUUGCUCAGUUUUCAAAAAAUAUUUGAAUUCACUUGGGCCACAACAGAGGAAAGCUGUGUUAUAUACAUAUCAGACUAAUCCCACUCACAAGGACAGUUGACAAAUAAAAGGACAACCGAGUAUCACAAGAGAUAUAGGAACCCCAGCCUCUUCUGACCCAAUCAGCAAGAUUUUGCUGAUAUUCUUCUAGGCACAGUGAGCAAACACAUUUGCAAGCUGUUUGGUUCAGAAAUCCUCUUGCAAGAGGUAUUCAUUCCCUUGCAUUGUGCAGUAAAAUUGCACUCUACAAGUCUGAACAGUUUUUUCAUGUUUCACUAUAUUCACUAAACAUACUGCCCUCUCCCAUCUGUAAACCUAUGAUCUAAUAACUGCAGUAGAGUGCAUGAUCAAGUCACUGUUUAUAAUACAUGCUGGUUCAUGGAAAGUAGCUUUACUUAUGCCAGUAAAGUGUGUAUGAUAAGGUGUAAAUGUACCAAAAUAGCUAUUCUCCGUUCAGAACGCCGAUGUCUAUCCAAUCCAAAGGACAAUAUAAAGCUUUUGGGAUUUGUAAAAAAAAAAUACACAUUUUAAAGAGAUUUUUUAAAAAUAUCUUUAUCUUUAAAAAUAAUAUUGCCCUUCUGCUUCUAAAAGCAGUGAGUGGUAUAGAAGUAGUUACCUUUUAUGGUCACAGUAUCUUCACAGCCAAGUAGAGUCUGAGUUUGCAAGUCACCAGAAAACACUUUCCAUGACUCCCAGAGAUGGGAAAUCUAUGUUUUGUUCGUAUAUUUAUUUUUCCCCCUUAUUUCGAAUUAAGUGUGAUCGUUAACAAUUUGGUUUAAAUGGACUUACUAAGCACCAAAACAAAUUUAGCAUAAUGAAGCUGUUUUGGUGCAUAUAUUGUGCCCCUUCAUUAUCACCGCUCUGUUCUCUGCCAUUUAGGAGUUAAAUCCCUUUGGUUAUGCAAUCCUAGCUGCCUCCAUGGGGAAAAAAGGUUUUAUUUUGAAUCAGAUCUUGCAACAGUGUGUUUACUUUAGAAGUUAUUAAAUCCUCCUCUGUUAAUUGAACUUUAGUCACACACAGGAGGCUGUGACAGACUAUUAACAAUCGGUAAAUAAGAAAUUAUACAUUUUACACACUGUGCUUAAGGGAAGCUAAAAUCUUUAGCCUUUUUUCAGGAGGUUUGUAUAGAGGCUUAGUAAGUCUCAGCUAGGGGAGGUGUUGUUAGGGCUGUAUAAUCAAGGUGAUUACUCCUAAAUGGCAGAUAAUUAAACUGCAGGGGUUUGAUCUAUACACCAAAACCUCUAUUUUAAACUAAAGUUGUUUUGGUGCAUAGAGUAUAGCUUUAACUACCCAGCAUUAGGUGCAUAUAUCCAAAAACCUAUUUAAUCUUCUAUAAACAUUUAAGUCCAGUUGAUUUGUGUUUUUUCUUUAAGUGUUGUGGUUUUGUUUUUACAGCCUUUAUCAAAAGUUGAACAAGAUACAUUAAAUGAACUGGUGAAGCCAAGCAUAGACUAUGUGCGUCACAAGAAAUUUCGAUCUGGAAAUUAUCCAUCCUCCUUAAGCAAUGAAACAGACAGACUGGUGCAUUGGUGCCAUGGAGCACCAGGAGUCAUACAUAUGCUAAUACAAGCUCACAAGGUCAGUCUGUUCUUUCAAGGUCAAAUCUCCAUUCUGAUAGGUUGUACAAAACGUGUAUGUCUCAAAAGAGAGUCAUUAUAUUUCCAUAGUCAACAGCAGUUUGCUUGGCAGUUUACGCCCACUAUUAGAAGCAGAAAUAUGAUGGUGCUUAACAUGUCACAUUACGCGGUUUUGAAGGGUCUGGCUAAUAAAACGAAUUCAUUAGUUUCAGUAGAUUAUAAAUAUAACUAGUCCUCUAUGCAUAUUAUAUUAUAGAUUUAGAGGUAUGCAUUCUCCUUGCAGGAUCAACAUGUGUCAUUUGUACGCUUUUUAUGAAGAUGCGGAAUGCUCCCCAUAGAAAUGCAUUGGGAUAACGCAUCCCUAUGAGGAAAUGUUAGAGAGACAAUUUCCACACAUGCACAGUAGGUUUCUCGAUGCUCCCUAUGUGGAAGCAUUGGAUUUUUUGAGAUCAUCAGUGAUGAUCUCAGCCAUUGUGAAGUGAUGGCUGCAGCUAUAUCAGUGUGGUAUGGGACUAAAGGUAAGUAAAAUAUUUUUAUUUGUGUCUCAAGGGGAAAGGGGGAAGUUAAUCUACAUUGACAAGAGUAUAAUUUGAUGUUAGAAAUAAAGGUUUGUAGAAUUCUCCUCUAUCAUUCUAUCAUCAUUAUUGCCUGAAGCAUCCAGACUUGUUGCUGGGAAGGAAUAUUCUAAUGUUAUCGCAGAUAAACAGUUAUCUCGAAUCUACAGAUGAAUGGUUAUAUUAUUAGACUAUAUGGUGAUUUGUGUCACAAGCCACAGGCUUUAGAGGGAAGAUAAUUUCACCUUUAGGAGACCAUCCAAAGUAGCUUGACAUGCAAAAUAGUGUUGCUCACUUCACAGAUCUAUACAAUACAACACAAACAUGCAGAGGUGGAAAAUGCUAGUAUAGUGCAAAACUACACUCACUUUGGUGCCACUCCAACACACCAAUAAAUAUACAGUGCAAAACAAACAAAAAAACAGUGUAAGUGUAAAUACACCAGAAUGUCAUGCAGGAAUAAAUAAUUGUACAAUAAAUACUUAUACCAACUUCGGAAACAUAAUAGAACAGAGCCUGUAAAAUAAAAUUCAAAAAACAUAGUGUAGUAUAUAAAAAUUCAAACUUGUAUCUAUAAAAUGUGAACUAUCCACUCACAUACUGCUUAAAAUUGACUCAGCAGUAUGUAAGUGGAUAUUACACAUUUUAUAAAUAUAAGUGUGAAUUUGUAUAUACUACACUGUGCAUUUUUAAUUUUAAUUUUGCAGGUUCUGUUAUGUUUCCAAAGUUGGUAAAAGUAUCUAUUGUACAAUUAUUUAUUGGUGCAUUUACACUUACACUGAUUUUUCACUUCGCAGAGCAACUCACCCAAUAUAUAGCAGGUGCAAAAUCACCCCAGAUAACACCACAUGUAACAUUUCAUGCUCAAUCCACUCAGUUGUAGGUAAGCUGUGUAGUAGCAAUAAGAACACUUAAAAUGUUACUUCAACCAACAUUGCUACUACUGCUUUUAGAAGUUUUCUUGGUGGUAGGAGUCCAUAUCUGCUUGAAAAGCUGCACAAACUGAGAUAUUUGCUUUUUUUUGCCGGGGGCUAGUUACAGCCCCAGCACACAUGCUGCUUAAAGGAUCACUAUAGUGUCAGGAAAAAAAAGCGGUUUACCUGACACGAUAGUACCCUGAGGGUGCCCACACCCUCAGGGUCCCCCUCCCGUAGCGCUGAAGGUGUUAAAACCCCUUCAGCAGCUUACCUUAUUCCAGCGCUGGGCUCCCACGGCGCUGGUGACCUCUCCUCCCCCACCGACGUCAGCUCCCUCUGCCGACGUCAGCGGAGCCGAAUGUGCAUGUGCGACAAGUGCCGCGCGCGCAUUCAUGCGGUCAAUAGGAAAGCAUUUAUGCGAUGGAGGCAUAAUAUGCCUCCAGCGUCGCAGAUGCGCCUCUAGUGGCUGUCCGGAAGACAGCCACUAGAGGCUGGCUUAACCCCAAAUGUAAAAUAGCAGUUUCUCUGAAACUGCUAUGUUUGAAUCUGAAGGGUUAAAACCUGAGGGACCUGGAAUGCAGACCACUUAAUUGAGCUGAAGUGGUCUGGGUGACUAUAGUGUCCCUUUAAUAUCAAUCUUUUUCAAAAACUGGCUGUUGUCAGUGUGCACUGCAUGUAAUGAUCUUUUUCCGUGCACGCAGUGCGCUGUGAGAAGAAGCUUCAGUGUCUUCUCCCUCCCUCUGUCCAUGUGCUCUGAACUAGUGAAAUGGUUUCAGUCAAAUGCUUCCCUCUUAGAAGCAUUUUAUUGGACCAUGUAAGACUGAGCAUGGAAAUGAAACGAUAAUUAUGUCACCAAGCCCUGAUAUACAUCCCAAAAGGAUAUAAUAUAAUAUAAUAAAAUGAAAACUUUUUUUUGAUAUCAACAGAAAAUAAAAAUAUAUUCCUUGUUAAACUAAUUUGCAUAUGCCCACCCAGACUCCUUUGCGGUAGUAAUAGCACACUGCAACAACACUGCAGAUUUGUGAUUUCUGUGGGAAAAGCAAGUCUUAUGGCUUGACUGGUGUUUGUAGAUUUUUCUACUUUGGAUACUUUGAUGGUCUAGUCUUUUUCUCAUGUAAGUUUUAACUUAAUUUAAUAGAUUUUUAAAGCAAAUAAGGGGGUGGACAUGAUCAGUAAUGGCCAAUAGUGCAUAAUAAAGAGAAAAAAAGCAUUUUUGAAAAACCCUAAUGCCCUAAAAAGGGCAGAAGUAGGUGAUUAUUGAUAGGAGCUGCCUUAAUCGUUAUGAAUCCAGGAUCGAGGAUGAAACUGAAGAGUACACUGCUAUGUGUUUAUUUCAAUGCCAGCUUUGCAACAGCAAAGGAUUGCAAUGGCCUCUCAUGUUCCUCAGGCUGGGUGGUUCUAUGUAAUCCCUCAAACUGGCAUCUCCAUAAAAGACCAUGCUUUCUGGAAGGCGGCACAUUACUUGACUGUGCCUUUUACUUGCGAAGCCUUUGUGUUUAGAUUAAUGUGUGUUCACCUCAGUGUGUUUGUUUUGCUGUUCUGUUAAUUCUACCCUGAGCACAAAUCAGGGUAUAGUUUUUUCACAAAGCACAUCCUUGCAUUUCUUUCCACCAGUUGGAUUAGAAAGCUGUGGUUUGCUGUAGCAUGCCUAACAAAUCCUGUUAGAGAAUUUAACAUGGUUACCAACAGGUCCCCUACUGUUUGGCACAUCUCAUCUUCGUGUGACAGCCAAGCUGAGCUUUGUGACCCAGAUUUUGUUCAUUAGCUGCUGCCAUAAAGACUCUAAUUAUCUUCACAUCCUCUACCUCGUGUUGUUUGCAGAAAGCAAUUAAAUCGUAUUAUACAAAUUCAUGCCUGUUUACAAAAUUGUUCAUCAGGCUGUCGGAUCUCUUAAAGAUUGCAUUUUACAAGGUUUUCCUAUGUGGGCAGAGGGUUUAAUGUCCCGAGGUGCAAUUAGAGGACAUAAUUGUUUAUUAAUGGCUGUUCGACAACUGAAUUAAUAUGGUUGCAAUUUACAUUAAGUGUUAUUGUAGUUUAUUAUUGUCCUUUAACUAAAGAAUUGGGUUACACCUAUAUGCCCACUUCUACUAUUUUUUAUAAAGUGCAGGGCUCUAAUUAUAUGAACCUGUUUAGAAUCUGUAUUAUCAGUCAUCAUCAUCUCAUGUGUCUUUUUUCCCCUUUAGACUAAAGGGCAGUGUAGUGUAGGCACCAUGACUACUAAAGCCAAUUCUACUGGUUAUCAUGUCAGAAUUACCUUGUCACUGUCCCAUGGUAAGUACUCAGACAGUUUAGCACUUACCUAGAUCUGCAAGACACCACAGGUUAGGCUUUCUCCUCUGAUACAUCUGAAACAAAGUUCCCAUUGGGUAUUAGGUAUAUAAUUUUUGGCCCUAUUUUGAUUUAAUUAAUUGGUUGUCUUAGACAGUGAAAUCCAUUAAAAAAAAAAAAAAGCGUAAUUGUCACCAAUAAAUCAUAAGUAGGAACAUUUGCUGUAUCUCAGAAAAGGAUACCAGAUCAGAGGUGCACUGAUCUACUUACUGUGGGAUGUUUCCUGAGGAUUCCAGACACCAUAACCACUACAGAUUCGACUACGUGGAAUUGGGGCAUGGGGACGGGUACGUGUGCCUACCUGAGCCCUAGAGUGUGAGCCGUGCCAGGUGUUGCAGGCUUGCUGCCGGGUCAUCACCGGGUAGGAUUCUUCCGCAGCCUAGUGGGGCACAUAGGUGGAGGUGUCAAGUAGCACUGGUAGCUCGUCCAUGAGCCUGACUUUCUAGUCUCCAACACCCCAGGUCGAGGUGCACGUGGGUAGGCGGUAGAUGGUUCCCCCUGCUACCUGGAUGGCGACCGUUCCCCCGGUCUUCUCCCCUUCUGUAAUGAGCCGGCGUUGAACGAGGGUCUGGGUGGCUCCGGUGUCUCGCAGCCCCUUUAUAAAGUGCUCCGUUCAGCCGGACCGGCUGCCUGUGGUGUCUUUGGCUGCUUGGCUGGGGUUCACCUCAUGCAGGAAGGGCCAAGCUUCUUCGUGGGAGUUAUGGGGGACAGUCUGGUAGCAGAGGGCUGCUGCUCAAGGGGGCAGAAGGGUCGGUCCCUGGACUAGGGACAAUCCCUCUUGACCGGGCUAGUAGCAUCGAUGGCAUAGUUGAUCUACCCUGGUCGGCGCCCGCUGGGGUGUUGUCCGAGACUGGGGACCCCGGAGCGGGGCUGUUGCAGAGGGGGUAGGUUGUGGAAAGUGUCGUAUGAGGGUCGGUAGCUGUGAGAGGUAGCGGGGCUUUGGGGCCAUCAGGUAUCUACAUACUCAUCGGCCCGCUGGGCUGCUUCUGUCAAGGUCUUGGGCUGCCUGUCUCUCACCCAUUCCUGCACUUCAGUAGGGAGUCCAUUGUAAAAGUGUUCCAGCAUGAAUAGCUGGAGGAUCUCUUUGGGAGACUUGGCCUGAGUUCAUCCAGUUCUAGGUGGCUAUGGCUAUGCGGCAAGCCCACUCCAUCUUCCUGGCCAAGAUGGGAACCCAGUCUGUGGGGCCGACUUCCUGCAGGAGGUACUGGCGUUUGAAGGCCUACAGAAAGUCGUCAAUGCCCUCCUCAGCUUCCUUGAAAUCUUUGAAGGAGUUGAAAGGCAAUUUGUGUUUCCUUGCAGGGGUUGCCGCACUCCCUGGGGACCACCAGGGUGUCUUCUUCCCAUGAACCUCUAUGCCUGGAAGUCCAGGUGCGGGAAAAAUGAGCCGUCCCUUUGUCUCCAAGGCACAGGAAACGAGCUGGUCUCUUUGUCCCACAGGCUCAGGAAAGCCUGCCAUACUUGCCAGCUCCUCAAAAGUGCCCACACCAAUCUCAGGGACCCUCAUAGUGGUCCUUCCAUCGACUAGCCCCGUUCACGAGGUCCCAGUGUGAAACCCAGACAAGGGAAGCAUCUCCUUUCAGGGUAUGAAUGCUCUACCUGGCUGGCAUUCGUCUGUACUAAUAGCGGCCACCCAGGGGAACACUCAUUAAUUACUUCCCUUGCGGUUUCACACCUAGUGCGAACGUUCUGAUUAAUUGGUUUUAGCGUUCUAAUGGGGCGCCGGGGAGGUCCUCGUUCGGGAGAUGAAGAAGUCCAGAAACAACCACGAAUGCUCCCCCUGGCUGGCGUUUGUCUAACGAACUUGCGACCACCCAGGGGAGCACUCAUUAAUUGUUUCUGGUUUGACACUUUUGUUAUGAGGUGGGAAUGAUCUAACCCAACAUUCUAAAUGAGGCAUCUGGGUGGUCCCCGUUUAAGAGGUGAAUGAAUUCCCUUUGAUUCCCUUUGUGAAAGCACUGCCGAACGGGGAGCAAGAACAAAAAAACAAAAAUACAAGGAAAACACAUGUAAAAGAAACAGGAGAUUCAUGAAUAGGCAGCGGUUCUGCCACAGCAAUAAUAAUGGCAGCCUGCACAGACCAAGGGUCAUACAGUAGAUUUGUUUUACCUCUGAAUAUUAACCCAAUAUGAAUUGAAAAAUUAUGUGAGGUCCAUUAGGUAUGUUAUCCUGUACAUGGGUUGAGGUUAGAAAAGAGCAACCUUUUCCUGUUUUAAUUCAACCUCCCUUAUUUUAGUACCCAUUGCAUGACUGACUGCCUACAGUUUUUAAAAAGUGUCCUCGUAAAUUAAGGACAACUCUUAAACCGAAUUAAUAAUGCUCCACCCUUUUUGGUGGUUGUUUUCACUACUAGUUUGACACCUAUAUUGAUGAACGAAUUCCACGAACUGUGUCAUAAAGUGAGAUAUAGAUUGAUAAACCAGAUGUGCUCAUUUUUGAGUGCACUACUUCUACAAUAUGUUUUAACAUUUAUUGCAUGUUCUUAUUUUUUUAGCACUUGUCAUGACUGAAAUAUUAGGGGAAUUUAUUAUACAGUGACAUUAUGAAAUAAGGACUGGAAUUAUGGACAACAGAAAAUGAAGCUGAAAUGUAUAUGCCAAAUGUGGAUUUUUUUUUUUUUUUACAUUUUAUUUUCUUAUUAUUUAAACUUUCUUAUAUUUUAGGUUUUUAAAGAGGAAAAGUACUUAAAAGAUGCAAUGGAAUGCAGUGAUGUCAUCUGGCAGAGGGGACUUCUGCGGAAGGGCUAUGGUAUAUGUCAUGGUACCUCUGGGAAUGGGUACUCCUUCUUAUCACUCUAUCAUCAUACACAGGACAAGAAGUAUCUCUACAGAGCCUGCAAGGUAAAUUGACCCUCCUAGAGCUGAUCCAUUAACAAACAUAUAUACUGAUGGGGCUAAUUCACUCAACACCCAAUUGUAGCAUAUUGAAAACAGUUUAGACUAAGAUGACCAAGCUGGAACUUGUGUUUUCCAAAUCAGCUGUUUUUGCCUAAAAUGUUCAGCUUUAAAUUCAUCAAAAAUCUAAGAUGUUGGAUGGACCCUUAAAGGGACACUAUAGUCUCCAUAACAUCUACGGCUUAUUGUAGUUGUUCUGGUGAGUAUAGUCCGUUCCUGCAGGCUUUUUAAUGUAAACACUGCCUUUUCAGGAUAGGAGUAGGCAACCUUAUUUGGCAAAAGAAGAAACAAGGAAGAAAAAUGUGUCAGAGGAGAGCUUGGUAGAUCUGGUGCUAUUUUUUAGUUAACCUUGUAAAAGUGGAGUGUGUGGGAACCACAGAGUAGAAGGUUAGAUUGUGAAAAAUACAGCUUAUGUGUAGAAGGACGAGUGUACUGCUAUAACAGUAGAAGAUAUCCAGAAAGAUAAUAAAAGCUGUAACGACAUUAGUUUUGAGGGACUGAAGACUAGAAGAAAGUCAGAUAGCAUGAGUUAGAGCAUUACAUAGGAAUCCUGCAGUCAAGUCCGGUAGAUGAAAAUUGGCAAUGUAAGAACAGACAGAAGACAAGAGAAGCACACUAGUAGAACAAAGUAAUAAAGAAGUGUUUUAUUUGUGAAAGAGGAGUUUAUAAGAGGGCAGAAAUGAAUUAUGUUUUUUUUUUAGCUCCAAAGACGCUACAGGAUUUAAAAAAAAUGUGUUUUUUUAUAUUGUGCGUGUGCUCUAUUAAAUGACAUAAAUCUAGAAAAUCGUUCCCAUGAGGAUUUUAUCGCAUGCAUGACUUAAUAUGCACACGCUAUACUUACAUUGUGGGAAGGAUUUACUUAAUCAAGCAAAUAGUAUGUAAGGCAUACAAAACACCGGCACUGCAUAGGAAAUCAACUUGUAGAAUGAAUGUGCCACCUGGGGCUCCAUACGAGCAAAAUACAAUAACCAAUCAGUCUAUUUCCAUGUUCAGUCAGUCAGAUGUACAUAUGUGCUCAUAAGUUAUAUUAUCUGGGACUCAGUACUAGCAUUCAUACUGUUAGCUACUCUGCUAUUCAGCUAUGGUUUGUUUGUUUUUGCUCAAUAUACUUCUAUACACUGAACAAAAUUAUAAACACUUUUGUUUUUGCCCCCAUUUUUCAUGAGCUGAACUCAAAGAUCUAAGACUUUUUCUAUGUACACAAAAGGCCUAAUUCUCUCAAAUAUUGUUCAUAAAUCUGUCUAAAUCUGUGUUAGUGAGCAGUUCUCCUUUACUGAGAUAAUCCAUCCACCUCACAAGUGUGGCAUAUCAAGAUCCUGAUUAGACAGCAUGAUUAUUGCACAGGUGUGCCUUAGGCUAGCCACAAUAAAAGGCCACUCUAAAAUGUGCAGUCUUAUCACACAGCACAAUGCCACAUAUGUCGCAAGUUUUGAGGGAGCGUGCAAUUGGCAUGCAGACUGCAGGAAUGUCCACCAGAGCUGUUACCCGUGAACUGAAUGUUCAUUUCUCUACCAUAAGCCGUCUCCAAAGGCGUUUCAGAGAAUUUGGCAGUACAUCCAACCAGACUCACAGCCGCAGACCACGUGUAACCACAUCAGCCCAGGACCUCCACAUCCAGCAUCUUCACCUCCAAGAUCGUCUGAGACCAGCCAUUCGCACAGCUGCUGCAACCAUCGGCUUGCAUAACCAAAGAAUUUCUGCACAAACUGUCAGAACCAGUCUCAGGGAAGCUCAUCUGCUGGGACUUGACCUGACUGAAGUUUGUCAUCGUAACCGACUUGAGUGGGCAAAUGCUCACAUUCAAUGGCAUCUGGCUGUUUGGAGAGGUGUUCUCUUCACAGAUGAAUCCCGUUUUUCACUGUACAGGGCAUAUGGCAGACAGUGUGUAUGGCGUUGUGUGGGUGAGCGGUUUGCUAAUGUCAACGUUGUGGAUCGAGUGGCCCAUGUUGGCGGUGGGGUUAUGAUGGUAUUGGCAGACGUAUGUUAUGGACAAUGAACACAGGUGCAUUUUAUUGAUGGUAUUUUGAAUCCACAGAGAUACCGUGACGAGAUCCCAUUGUUGUGCCAUGCAUCCACGACCAUCACCUCAUGUUGCAGCAUGAUAAUGCACGUCCCCAUGUUGCAAGGAUCUGUACGCAAUUUCUGGAAGCUAAAAACAUCACAGUUCUUGCAUGGCCAGCAUACUCACCGGACCUGUCACCCAUUGAGCAUGUUUGGGAUGCUCUGGAUCGGCGUAUAUGACAGCAUGUUCCAGGUCCUGCCAAUAUCCAGCAACUUCGCACAGCCAUUAAAGAGGAGUGGACCAACAUUCCACAGGCCAUAUUCAACAAUCUGAUCAACUCUAUGCGAACUAGAUGUGUUGCACUGCGUGAGGCAAAUGGUGGUCACACCACAUACUGACUGGUUUUCGGACCUCCCUGAUUCCCCCAAUACACAUUUUAGAAUGGCAUUCUAUUGUGGCUAGCCUAAGGCACACCUGUGCAAUAACCAUGCUGUCUAAUCAGCAUCUUGAUAAGCCACACCUGUGAGGUGGAUGGAUUAUCUCGGCAAAGGAGAAGUGCUCACUAACACAGAUUUAGACAGAUUUGAGAACAAUAUUUGAGAGAAAUAGGCCCUUUGUGUACAUAGAAAAAGUCUUAGAUCUUUGAGUUCAGCUCAUGAAAAAUGGGGGUAAAAACAAAAGUGCUGCGUUUAUAAUUUUGUUCAGUAUAUAUAUUGAGGGAAAAUUUAGCUAAUUCAUUAGCACAAUUUAACAUACUAAAAAAAAAGAAAUCCAUAAUAAAAUGGUGAGGUGUGAGAGGAGCAGUGUGUAAGCAGGAUAAACCUGUCAACAGAUGGUAAUGGGGCAAAAAAUGAUUUUCACUUGUGGAUAACUAAUGUGAUUAAGAAUUUGCUGCAAUGUUGGGCAUUGUUUUAUAAUAGAGCUGCAUAAUGGCUAUGCAGUGCUGUAAAGAGAGAUUAUUAACAUUACUUUAACACUAGACGGUUCUGCUAAACAUCAGUUGAGUGACCGUGUUCUGCAGGCUCUAUUUUAAUGCAUUCUAUGAGUAAUUAUUUUAAAAAAAAUAUACACUUAAAUGCUAGUAAAUUAAGUGAUUAUGCUUAUUUAUUUAUUUAUUUAUUUAUUUAAGUUUUAGUUAUUUAGUUUAACUCUGGUAAGUGAAAUUUCACUAUCACUGCAUGAGGGAUACAGCAACCCCAGGUGUUUGUUCAGCCUCACUCAGUGAUGUGUGGCUUAUAAACUUCUAGACAUGAUUAAUUACCCAUUUGAUGGAGGGAUACUCUAGUGAUGUGCAAAUAAGCUAAAAUGAGACCACCAUAUUGUUUUGGUGUGUUUGCUUACUGUUUUUCCUACAUUUUAGGCUUUAUUAUUUUAAUAUUCUGUUUUAUGUUUGUUUGUUUGUUUGUUUGUUUUUUUUUUUUAUUUAAAACUCUAAAUUAUUUCCAUACUUGUAUUAUAUGCUAUUGCUAUAACUGACAUGGGAAUGGCAAAUUUCACACUUGAAUAACUAUUGAAGUCAUCGUUAAGAAAUGUAUUCACCUUUUACUCUUUAAAAGUGUCCAUUUACUGUUGAGCAAUCUGGCAUAUCAUGAUUAGUACAAUAAUUUGAAUACUUGUUGCUAUGUCUCCGACAGUUUGCAGAGUGGUGUUUAGACUAUGGAAAACAUGGGUGCCGUAUUCCUGAUAGACCAUAUUCUCUCUUUGAAGGUAAGGAGCGGAGUGUUUGAGUAAUGUACUAAAAAUGCCUUGGGAAACUAUUUUUAUGUUUUUAGCAGAGUAUUUAUGGUAGCUUGUGUUAUAUAUCAUUUAGAGAAGACAGAUGUUUUGUAAUAGAACUGCUUCUACAACUGUGGCAAACAGUUUCUUGUUUUUGUUUGUUUUGAAUUUUGUUUUUCAUGGAUCAACAGAGUACUGGGAACAUAAAAUGUGGUGUGUAUAAAAGUAUUAUGUUUGAAAUAUAAGUACAGCAUAUUCAGCAAAUAAUAGACUAAAUGUGCUUUUUAAAACUAUUUGGUUUAGCUCACAGCGGCAGGGCCUUCUUCACCUAUUGAAUUGUAUGUCAAAUAUGUUUUGUUAGAAUUAAUCGUUGGUCUUGCUUUACAUAUUGCACAGCGCAGCAGAAUAUGUUGUCACUUCAUAAAUAAUUGCAAUUGUUACAAAUGGAACUACAUUGUCUAGAUGUGUUCACACGUGAACUAUAAGGAAUGUCUCCUGUCAGUACAUGAGAACACCCACACCCAUCCAAAAAAUGAAACCAAACAGAGAGAGAACACGCAUUUCAAUUAAAGGGAUCCUCCAGACACCUAAAGCUUGGUGAAAUACUUUGAGGUCCCCCUUAGCCCUGGUAUAUUAAAGUACAGAUUAAGGAAGGGUGCACACACAAAAAAUACUGCUUUAAAUUUGACACAGCUACUUAAAAUCCUUUUUCUUAUCAAACAAAUAUAUGUCCAUAUUAUGUUAAGCCAACCCCUAAUAUCGUUGGGUUCUAAACCAAUUUUACAUAAGAUAUAAACAUGCUAACUGCAAUACUCACUGCUUAACUGUUUUAGAGACUCUCUUGUGGUCACCUCCAACAGGGAGGUGUGGGGUGCUCAUCCCAAAAUGAAUUUGGUCUGGAUUCCAAAUAUAUGGUGUAACUACAUCCCCAUAUUUCUUUGCUAAGAUAGGUGAUUUUAAGUAGCUUUGUAACAUUUAAUUGAAGUGGUCUGGGUGCAAUGUCCCUGUCCCUCUUAGUCCUGAAAUGUAAAUCAUUGCAGUUUUUUGAGAAACUGAAAUAACUACAUUGCAGGACUCAAACUGCCUCUAGUGGCUGUCAGUCAGACAGCCACUAGAGGCACUUCCUGAUUGCUAGGUGCCUUUUGGUGGCCCAAUUGAUGCUGAACGUCCUCAGGCUGUGCAUGAGGACAUCCAGUGUCCAUUAAAUCCCAAUAGAAAGGCAUUGAAGUAAUGCUUUCCUGUAGGAAGGGCCUAAUGCACUCAUGGUACAUGCGCAUUAGCCCUUAUUGUCGGAGUAUGGGGAUCACCGAAAAGUUUUUAUGUUCUAUAGUUUUUAGAAACCAUAUGGAAAAUUUAAAUAUGUGAUCACCAUAACAAGCACAUAUUAUUUAUCAUUUUCAAAGCCCUCCCAUCUCAAACUGAAACGUAGUCAAGCCAUUGCCUUCAGUAUAUACAUUGAUGGCUGCCAUGUGUAUUAUUCUGCAAUUUCUGGUGGCCAUUUUGGUAAUAGGCAUUUGCAGUCUUUAGGUAAGUAUAUCUAUUCGUUCAUAAUGUUUCUAACAAUUUCACCAAAGUUGUAUACAGAUUAUGAGAUUAUGAGGUUUAUUCACUCAACACUGAAUUGUAAGAUUGAAAUCUGAAUUGUAAAUUUUAGGCAAAGCGUACUUAAAUAUUGAAUACUUGAAUUUUGAAAUUUGGGUUUCAGUUCACUACAUGUCUGUGUUUAGUGAAUAAACAUUUGAUGUGUACCUUUCUAAUGCAAAUUUUUUUUUUAACAUGUUUUAUAAACACCACCAUCUUUUUUAACUAAUAGUGUUGUGAUUUUUUUAUUUCUUUUGAAUGUGUAUCUUAGCAAUGGGCUUAAAUCAAACACUUACACUCAGUAGCGUUUGUUUGGUGGGUGCGGGGGCGGGGGUCCUUACCAGUAGAUGUUAUUUUUACCAAUAGUAACCUAAACAAUCUUGGAAUUAACUUUUUUUUAUUUUAUUUAAAUGAAUAGUAGAUACUGCUGCCUAUUAUUACUAAAGUUCCUGUAUACUGACCAUACAUAUUCACUCUGUUUUAGGAAUGGCUGGUGCUCUCCACUUCCUGUCAGACAUUUUGUCCCCAGAAAAGUCACGCUUUCCUGCAUUUGAGCUUUGAUCAUGUGGCAGGGUGGAGUGGUGUAAGGAUUUAUCCCUGUGGCGUUUCAGAAGAUGAAAUGCUUUGGACAAAGUGUUACUGUCCAAAGUUUAUCAAUAUGCUACUGCCAAGCUUUGGAGAACGUUUCGUGAUGAUUAACUGUGAAGGACAUUCUAGAAGUUGUGCCAUCACGGAUGUCCUGAACUCAGACUACAUGGAGGCCACAAAGCUUUUAUUGUAUUUUGCAAAAGCUUAUUAACUCAUGUUUCCUUUUCCCUUUUGCACAAGAAAUAUGCAACAUUGGUGUACAAUUUUCAAAAUAAUUGUAGAGAUAUGUACUCACAGUUUAUUUCUAAUGUGUAUUCUAAAAAUAAGCAAAAUGGGGAUUACGUAUAAAUAAUGCUUCUGGAGCAAAAUUGUAAGAGUGGUGCUAUCAGAGGGAGCGUAAAAGAAUGGAAAACCAAAAAUUAUUACAAUCCCCAUAGGAUAAAAUAAUCUCUUAUUGCGUGUUUAGAAUUUUGUCCUUAAUGUAAUGCACAUUUAGUUGGAAAAAUAUUACAAUACUCUUUCAUGCUGCUCUUCAUCACUAUUCUGUUGGUAGGACUUUUUUCAGGGCUAUUCAGGUUGUUAUGUGGCACUGACCUUUAAAAACUGCCAGGUUUUCAACUCGUCUCCAAAUGUAGGCAGUACUUUUAAGGCUAUAGUAAAAAUAAUACUAAUUAUAAAUGACAUUACUAUAUGUGAUUAAUGCAUAAGUAGUCUCCUGUUGGCUGCAACAUCAAGGAAAUAUGAGAAAAAAAAAUUAUUAUGAUGUUUUAAAACUUGCAAAAAAAAACAGUGGAGCCACAUACUACUUGCAUACUACACUGCAAACUUAAGCACAAGUAUACAAACCAAACAAUAUUUCGGGCCUUCGAAUUUGCUAUCAAUUGGACAUUCCUGAUUUUCACUUUACUUCUAGAACUUUGAGCCUAGAUAUUUCUUCAUACAUAACCACCAUUGUUAUUUAGGAACUAGUUGAGGCUAGAUAACAAAUUGAAGAGAAAAAAAACAUGUGGAUGUUGAUAAAGUUGAUUAAACAUUUCCACAAUGUAGAUGUUUUCACUGUAUAGCAAUCUAUUCCAGACAUUCAUACUUCUUACUAUCGGUUUAGUCUUUGUAAAAUGAAAGUGUAGGAUGUCUCAGCAUCAUUUUGGGACACUUGGAUAGCUGACUGUGACUGGUCUUUGUACUUGUUUUCUGUGUAAAGUCACAUUUUCUAGUUCUUAGCUUUAUCAGAUGUUGAACUUAUUUGAUGAGUAGCCAAGGAGACGUACUAAGAUGCAUAACCUACAGAGACAAGUGAUUUAACAUAGAACCUACACCUUUUUUUAAAUCAAGUAUCCAUCCUGUGGCUGAUCCCAUACCUAGAAAUGUGUCGGUAUGAUCUUCGGUGACUGGCAGAGCUAACAUUAAAAGGGUGAAUGGUUCAAAGCAUCAGUACAUCUACAGUAGUCUGAAGUGGCGAUGCAUGUCAGUCAGAGACCAAUCUUAGGACUCACACACUUAGUGUUACUUUUACAUAUUCAAUUUAGUUAUUUGCUUAUGUCAGAAAGCCAAUAAUAUGACAAAACCGGCUGAGCAAAGACAGUAGGAAAAUCAAUGAGCAAUUUUGUGCAAUUUAUUCAGCAUAUGGGGGAAGGGAUACAAAUUAUAAAGCUUUAAUAUGUGACUGUGGUGCAUCGCUUAUGUGACCUCACAAAGUAGUGCAGACAGUCUUAUAUAUAAAGUGCAUCACUGCUGACCCGCAAGUUAUAUAAUUGCUAAAAUAAAGGCAAACAGUAUAGUCAACUGCACUUGGCAUGUUAUAUUAAAGGCAAAGUAAGGUCACCUGCACUUGACAUGUCAGGUUAUCUAAUGUAUCAUUAUUGCAGCCACAGCUCCAUUUUACAAGGUCUGAAAACCAAAAGUAAAAAGCUAAGUUAGCGGAUCCUUGUACACGGUCCAGUGUCAUGUCAAUUAGGUGUCCAGCAAAUGUGUAGUCUAAGGUUGAUGAGCCGGGAUGAAGUGUGUGUGUGUGUGUGUUAUAAAUAAUAUACUCACACACUUGAAUUUUUUAAGCAGUGGUGCAUAGCUUUGUGAUAGCCAGAUGUUUAAAUUACCAUAGAAAAUUUUAUUUUUACUGCAAGUAUCCAAGUUCAAAUUCUAUUAAUUUUAAGACAUGUUCGAUAUUUAUCAGUUAGGUCUAACUGAGAAGAAUACUAUUCAGUAGACCGAAAAAAAAAUUGUUUGGAGCAGUUCAUUCAAAUUCAAACUUGCCUGGUAAUUACAUGUGGUGUCUUAUCCAUUAAAUAAGAUGUCAGAGGUAAAUCCCAGACAACUGCAUCGUUCAUCUGUGGAUUAAAAAGAAUUUGAUUUGGUCGAAUCUCUCCAAAAUUGUUUUACACAAAUCUACUAUUUCUCUUUAAUGUAGGGAAAUCUCGACGUGACACUGGUGUACAGUUCCACAGCAAGGCUAAAUGUUUAAUGGCAUCAAUCUGUCUAUUGAGUCGUCAUUGCAUGCACCACGUGUAACAAUUUUUUUUUAUAAGUCUGUGUAUAGUAUUUGAGUUUCACUGUUGCUGAAAUAUUUUUUAUGUAAUGUCUCACUAGUGUGCUUGUUAAGUUUAAGUGGGUAAUAUUUCUACUUCAUAAGAUGAUAUCUAUGGAAUGAAUGCAUAACAUAGAUUUGUUCUGCAUUAAUUUUGUAUGUACGUGUACUCCAAUAAAGAAAUAUGUUAAGCCUACAUGUCUAAAGCCUAGAACCAAAAACUUGGAUAUUGCAGUUAUUGGUAAAAACAGUAGAAUCACUUUAUAGUACAUCAUCUUCUAGUUCAUAGUCAGAGAGUUGCACGUGAUAACCUGAAUAUAAUAAUGAAACUUUUACUGUCUAGUGAUUAAAAUAUGCAAUUUAUAUGUAGCAUCAGACAGUUCAGAUCUCUAUAAUUUUUAAGUCAGUUCAACAAAGUUGGAAUGGGAGGUAUUCACCACCUAAGUAUAUUUUGUUUAUCAUUAAUGUUAGAGUAAUAAACUGAUCAGACACAUUAACACCACCUGCCUAUUAUCAUGUACUUCCCCCUCAUGGUGCGAAAACCGCUCUGAUGUUUUAAAGCAUGGACUCCACAAGAACGCUGAAUGUGUCCUGUGGUAUCUGGUUCCAAGUCAUUAGCAACAGAUCCUUUGAGACCUGGGUAAUUUGAAAGCAAUGGCAACACAUUGAAUUCUUUCUCAUGUUCCUCAAACAAUUGCUGACCAAUUUUUGCAGUGUGGCAGGGUGUAUUAUCCUGUUGAAAGAGGCCAUUGCCAUGAUGGGGUUUACAUUGUCUGCAAUAAUCUUUAGGUAGGUGUUCAUUGGCAUAGUAGCAUCUACAUAAAUGCCAGGACUCAAGGUUUCCAAGCAGAACAUUGACCAGAGCAAAACAAUGCCUCCGGCAACCUGCCGUCUUCCCAUAGUGCAUCCUGCUAAACAUAAACUCGACCAUCCACCUGAUCAAAAAAAAAUGUGUUUCUUCCGUUGCUCCAUGGUCCAGUUCUGAUGCUCACAUCCCAAUUAAAGGUGCUUUCGACAGUGGUCAUCAUGGGUACUCUGACUGGACUGCGUGUAUGAAGCCCCAUAUACAGCUGUGUUCUGAUACCUUUCUAUCAAGGCCAGCAUUAGGUUUUUUAGCAAUUUGAGCUACAGUUGCUCUUCUGUGUGAUCAGACCAGACGAACUAGCCUCCACUCCCUAAACGCAUCAAUGACCCUGACAUAUUUUCACCAGUUGUUUUUCUUUGCACUACUUUUGGUGGGUACUAACCACUACAUACUGGGAACAUACCACAAGACUUGCUAUUGGAGAUACUCUGACUCAGUUGUCAAGCCAUCAACAUUUGACCCUUGUCAAAGUGACUCGGAUCUUUUCACUUUCCACUUUUUUCUGCUUCCAACACAUGACAUUCAAGAACUGAUUGUUUACUUGCUGCCCAAUAUAUUCCACCCCUUGACAGUUGCAAUUGUAGUGAUAUAAUCAAUUCUAUUAACUUCACCAGUCAGUGGUUUUAAUGUUGUGGCUGUUCAGUGUAUAUUCAGUUAAUUUUGGGUUUAAAGAACGUCGCUCAGGUUUUCGUUCACCAGAUUAUGUGGGGGGCUUUUUGUACUAGAAUUGAGCAGAACAUGUGCAAUAAGUGUAUACAGGAAAAUGUUAUGCAUAUUAUGUGUAGCUAUGUCAACUGCUGCCAUUUUUAGGUAGGUCUCAGGAGUGUAAUCCCACUAAUCAAAGGCAGAUGGGAACAUAUAUGAAAGCCCCCAGUAUGCACAGAGUCCAUCCUUCCAUUAUGACCUGCUCACUCCAGGAAAUAAUUGCACAAUCAUGUUUUUAUCCAUACAGUGCACAAUUCUAAAACAUGAUCUGCCUAUUAAAAUAAUCAUCAGAUCAUGAACUGUAUAUACACACACAUACACUUGAUUUGUAUAGGUGACAUUUUAAAAUAAUCAACAGAUCAUGAAAUACAAAUAUAUACACUUGAUUUUUAUAGGUGACAUAUCCACUCUAACAGUGUUAUUGGGUAUAUUCUAUUCAUAG